AUGCAGGGAGGUCUGUAUGAGUCACUUUAUUAACAUAAUAUAAUCUUUAGUCAUAUUUCUACUAAUACAGGUCUUUUUUUUAAUUAUGAAGGUUAAUAAUGCAUUAUAACUAUUUCAAAUUAUGCCUCAGGGAGUUUUCUCUAACUUCUAGCUUCUAUUUUCGUGCGCGCGCGCGCACACACACACACACACACACACACACACACACACACACACACACACCACACACACACACACACACACACACACACCACACACACACACACACACACACACCACACACACACACACACACACACACACACACACCACACACAUACCCCGUCCGCUGUCCCUCCACUCCGCAGGGCUUCUGUUGUCAGAUGGUUAUCAGAUUGGACAGGGGGUUAUGACACCUCAAGGUCCGGCUGAAGUAAGGACCCCCGCCACAGCUUCCUGUUUCCUGUGGUGUCAGUGUGUGCACGGGGUGACAAAGCGCUCGUGCACCAGCGUGAGGGAUAUGCUGCCCAGUAGGCUGCCACUUUCUCUGUUUACCCAACAAAUGUCUGUUGUUCUGCAUCGCAAUACCUGUGUCUUGUUUUGUCUAAACCUCUCUACCAUUAAAGUCUGCCUGUGUUACACUGCUCUAUGGAGGACUGUUCCAGUCCUAACAGCCAUAUCCCUGUAUAGAAGACCUACCUGAUAUCUUAGUAAUAUCCCUGUAUAGAAGGCCUACCUGAUCUCUUGGUAAUAUCCCUGUAUAGAAGGCCUACCUGAUCUCUUGGUAAUAUCCCUGUAUAGAAGGCCUACCUGAUCUCUUGGUAAUAUCCCUGUAUAGAAGGCCUACCUAAUAUCUUGGUAAUAUAUCCCUGUAUAGAAGGCCUACCUGAUCUCUUGGUAAUAUCCCUGUAUAGAAGGCCUACCUGAUCUCUUGGUAAUAUCCCUGUAUAGAAGGCCUACCUGAUCUCUUGGUAAUAUCCCUGUAUAGAAGGCCUACCUGAUCUCUUAGUAAUAUCCCUGUAUAGAAGGCCUACCUGAUCUCUGUGGUUUUGUCUGUAGUCUGAGUAUUAGAUUUUUGACUCAACUGGUCAACUGUAGUUACCUUUACCCACAAUCUCAGGGUUUAGAUAUGAGUUUAUGAGACUUUCAAGGUGUAGUUGUCACGCCCUGGCUCUGGGGACUCUUAUAUGUUGAGCCAGGGUGUUAGUUUAUAUGUGUAGUGUCUAUGUUUUGUUUUCUAUGUUUUCUUUUCUAGAUCAUGUGUUUCUGUGUUGGCCGGGAUGGUUCCCAAUCGGAGGCAGCUGUGUCUUGUUGUCUCUGAUUGGGAACCAUACUUAGGCAGCCUGUUGUGCACUUGUCAUUUGUGGGAUCUUGUUCCGUGUAGGUUUGUGUGUAUGACCGAGGACUUCACGUUUCGUUUUGUUGUUUUUGUUGUUGUAUCGUGUUCCUAAGUACACAUUAAAAAGAUGUACGCAUAUCACGCUGCACCUUGGUCCACUCAUUACGACGAUCGUGACAGAAGAUCCCACCAUAACAGGAUCAAGCAGCGUGUCCAGGAGCAGACAGCCUGGACUUGGGAGGAGAUCUUGGACGGGCAGGGAUCCUGGACUUGGGAGGAAAUCCAGGCCGGAAUGGAUCGCCAUCCGUGGGAGGAGACGGUGGAGGCGCGCCAUAGAGAGGAGCAGCGGCGCCAACCGUGCCGACGUCGGGCACGCAAGAGGCAACCCCAAUAAUUUUUUUUGGGGGGGGCACAUGGCAUGGACGACGGGGCUGCUGGAGGCAGCUACAGGGCGAGUUUGUGGAUUAGGAGAAGAGGCCACCGGGUUUGGGGGGCUGGAAGGGAGGUUGGCGGAGCCUAGAGGUAGAGCAGAGCCAACUCCCCGUACUCAGGCUAGGCAGCGUGAGACUGGGCAGGUUCCGAGGUAUGCGGAGCUGCGUACUGUGCCGCAAGUGGUCCGGCACAGUCCUGUACGUCCUGUGCUAGCACCACGCACGUGUCGUGCUAAGGUGGGCAUGCAGCCAGGACGGAGUGUGCCGGCUCAACGCUCGUGGCCUCCAGUACCCCUCCUCGGUCCCGGAUAUCCUGCGCCAGUGCCACGUGCUGUAGUGCCAGUACGAGUACACAGCCCUGUACGUCCUGUGCUGAUGCCUCACACAGAGUGUGUAAAAAUAGGCACUCAGCCAGGACGGGUGGUGUCAGCUCUUCGCUCCAGACCUCCAGUCCGUCUCCACAGCCCGGUCCAGCCUGUUCCUGCCCCUCGCACCAAGCCUGUGGUGCGCGUCGCCAGCCCGGCCCGGCCUGUUCCUGCUCCCCGCACCAAGCCUAUGGUGCGCGUCGCCAGCCCGGCCUGUUCCUGCCCCUCGCACCAAGCCUGUGGUGCGCGUUGCCAGCCCGGCCCGGCCUGUUCCUGCGUCUCGCACCAAGCCUGUGGUGCGCGUCGCCAGCCCGGCCUGUUCCUGCUCCCCGCACCAAGCCUGUGGUGCGCGUCGCCAGCCCGGCCGGGCCUGUUCCUGCUCCCCGCACCAAGCCAGUGGUGCGCGUCGUCAGCCCGGUCCGGCCCGUUCCUACUCCCCGCACCAAGCCAGUGGUGCGCGUCGUCAGCCCGGUCCGGCCCGUUCCUGCUCCCCGCACCAAGCCAGUGGUGCGUGUCGCCAGCCCGGCCCGGCCUGUUCCUGCGUCUCGCACCAAGCCUGUGGUGCGCGUCGCCAGCCCGGCCUGUUCCUGCUCCCCGCACCAAGCCUGUGGUGCGCGUCGCCAGCCCGGCCCGGCCUGUUCCUGCUCCCCGCACCAAGCCUGUGGUGCGCGUCGUCAGCCCGGUCCGGCCUGCUCCUGCUCCCCGCACCAAGCCAGUGGUGCGCGUCGUCAGCCCGGUCCGGCCCGUUCCUGCUCCCCGCACCAAGCCAGUGGUGCGCGUCGUCAGCCCGGUCCAGCCCGUUCCUGCUCCCCGCACCAAGCCAGUGGUGCGCGUCGUUAGUCCGGCACAGCCCGUGCCUGUUUCACCGGUUUCACCGGUGCCUGGUCAGGUACCUAAGGAGCCUAAGCAAUCCGCUCCACCGAUGUCCAGUCCAGCUCCAGCCAGCGGGGCCAGACCAGACCAGGGGCGCUACGGGGGGGUAGUUAGAGGGUGGUGGUCACACCCGGAGCCGGAUCCGCCUCCGAGGCGGAAUGCCCACCCGGCCCCUCUCCUGUUGGGUUUAGUUGGUGCGGUCGCAGUCCGCGCCUUUGGGGUGGGGGGUACUGUCACGCCCUGGCUCUGGGGACUCUUAUAUGUUGAGCCAGGGUGUUAGUUUAUAUGUGUAGUGUCUAUGUUUUGUUUUCUAUGUGUUCUUUUCUAGAUUGUGUGUUUCUGUGUUGGCCGGGGUGGUUCCCAAUCGGAGGCAGCUGUGUCUUGUUGUCUCUGAUUGGGAACCAUACUUAGGCAGCCUGUUGUGCACUUGUCAUUUGUGGGAUCUUGUUCCGUGUAGGUUUGUGUGUAUGACCGAGGACUUCACGUUUCGUUUAGUUGUUUUUGUUGUUGUCUCGUGUUGCUAAGUACACAUUAAAAAGAUGUACGCAUAUCACGCUGCGCCUUGGUCCACUCACUACGAUUAAUUAUUACGACGAUCGUGACAGUAGUCUAGGUUACUUUGCUUGAAUGUUCAAUCCAGCAGCAAAAGAUUCUCUACAUUUUAUGUCUCUGGUUAGUUGAUAGAGGAUUGUAUCUCUCUGAUGGAUCCUAGAGUCUGGACAGUCAGGAGGAAACGUCUUUUUGGAGAUUAGAUAUUGAUUCAGGAGAGUUCUUAAAAAGGCCUUUGAGUUGUGGCUCCACUGUUUUCCAGGGUAAAAGAGAGAAUCAUACCCACUGCAGAGAUAUUGAGUGACAAAGAGAAUAUAUUAUUUUUUUACUGAGGGCAAUUAUUUGAAAAUAUUGAUCUGGGUUGAGUUGAGGUAAAGUUAUAAUAUAAUAUAAGCCAUUAAGCAGAUGCUUUUAUCCAAAGCGACUUGCGUGCCUACAUUUUUUACAUAUGAGUGGGUGUGGGAUUCGAACCCACUAUCCUAGAGUUGCAAGAGCAUGCUCUACCAACUGCUCUACAGAGGACCACAUAAUGACUGCAAAAAGAGACACAUCCAACACUCAAGACUGUUGUCUAUCUGUCUAUUGCUUUCUUUCGCUCUCCCUCUCACUCUCCAUCUCACUCUCUAUCUCUCCCUCCAUCUCUCCCUCUCACGCUCCAUCUCUCCCUCCAUCUCCCCCUCUCACUCUCCAUCUCUCCAUCUCACUCUCCAUCUCACUCUCCAUCUCUCCCUCCAUCUCUCCUCUCAAUCUCCAUCUCUCCCUCUCACUCUCCAUCUCUCCCUCCAUCUCUCCCUCUCACUCUCCAUCUAUCCCUCUCACUCUCCAUCUCUCCAUCUCGCUCUCCAUCUCUCCCUCCAUCUCUCCCUCUCACUCUCCAUCUCUCCCUCUCACUCUCCAUCUCUCCCUCCAUCUCACCCCCUCACUCUCCAUCUCUCCAUCUCACUCUCCAUCUCUCCAUCCCACUCCCCUUCUCACUCUCCAUCUCUUCAUCUCACUCUCCAUCUCUCCCUCCAUCUCUCCCUCUCACUCUCCACCUCUCCCUCCAUCUCUCCCUCUCACUCUCCAUCUCUCCAUCUCACUCUCCAUCUCUCCAUCUCACUCUCCAUCUCUCCCUCCAUCUCACCCUCUCACUCUCCAUCUCUCCCUUCAUCUCUCCCUCUCACUCUCCACCUCUACCUCCAUCUCUCCCUCUCACUCUCCAUCUCUCCAUCUCACUCUCCAUCUCUCCAUCUCACUCUCCAUCUCUCCCUCCAUCUCACCCUCUCACUCUCCAUCUCUCCCUCCAUCUCUCCCUCUCACUCUCCAUCUCUCCAUCUCACUCUCCAUCUCUCCCUCCAUCUCUCCCCCUCACUCUCCAUCUCUCCAUCUCACUCUCCAUCUCUCCAUCCCACUCCCCUUCUCACUCUCCAUCUCUCCAUCUCACUCUCCAUCUCUCCCCCAUCUCUCCCCUCACUCGGUCCAUCUCUCCAUCUCACGCUCCAUCUCUCCAUCUCACUCUCCCUCUCUCCCACCAUCUCACCCUCUCACCUCCAUCUCUCCCUCCAUCUCUCCCUCUCACUCUCCAUCUCUCCUCUCAACUCUCCAUCUCUCCCUCCAUCUCUCCCCCUCACUCUCCAUCUCUCCAUCUCCUCUCCAUCCUCUCCAUCCCACUCCCCUUCUCACUCUCCAUCUCUUCAUCUCACUCUCCAUCUCUCCCUCCAUCUCUCCCUCUCGCUCUCCACCCUCGCCCUCCAUCUCUCCCUCUCACUCUCCAUCUCUCCAUCUCACUCUCCAUCUCUCCAUCUCACUCUCCCUCUCUCCCCUCCCCUACAUCUAUCACCCGCUCCCUCUCCAUCUCUCCCCUCCAAUCUCUCCCUCUUCACCUCCUCUUCUCUCCUCUCACUCUCCUCUCUCCCUCUCUUUCCCUUCCUCCCCCCACUCUCCAUCUCUCCAUCUCACUCUCCAUCUCUCAUCCCACCCUCCCAUCCCCCUCCCCUUCUCACUCCUCCACCAUUUCUCCAUCUUCACUCUCCAUCUCUCCCUCCACUCUCUCCCCUCUCACUCCCCAUCCUCCUCUCACUCUCCAUCCUCCAUCUCAUCGCCAUCUCUCCCUCCAUCUCACCCUCUCACUCUCCCUCUCUCCUCCUCCCUCUCUCCCUCUCACUCCCAUCUCUCCAUCGCACUCUCCAUCUCCUCCCCAUCUCUCCCCCUCCUCUCCAUCUCUCCAUCUCACUCUCCAUCUCUCCAUCCCACUCCCCUUCUCACUCCUCCCAUCUACCAUCUCAUCCCUCCCUCCUCACUCACUCUCCAUCUCUCCCUCUCACUCUCAUCUCUCCCCCAUCUCUCCUCUUCCUCUCCAUCUCUCCCUCCAUCUCUCCUCCUCAUUCUCCCUCUCUCCAUCUCUCCCCCUCACUCUCCUCUCUCCGUCUUCCAUCCCCACCCCCCCCUCCUCACCACCUCCCCCCCCCCCCUCUCCAUCUCUCCACCUCCCCCCCUCCACCCCUCCUCCACCUCCAAUCUCCUUUCCAAAAGUCUCCUUUCGGUCCACUUUUUGGGGAAAAUCGGGUAUCCACGGAAGCCUUUCAAUGGUCAAACUAUCAAUAACCCACUGUUUAAAGCAACUGCUUGCUACGGUUAUGGUUGGGGUUGAAUGGGGUUGGGCUAGGGUUAAGUUUAGGGGUUGAAUAAGGUUGGGCCGGUUUGGGGGAAUUUAGGGGGUUAUAUAGGGUUAGGCUAGGUAGGGUUGGUUUGGGGUUAAUAUGGUUUAGGGCAAAAAAAAGGGUUUUUAGGGGGUUGAAAAAGUGUUUGGCUAGGGUAAGGGGUUUAAUUUGGGUUUGAAUAAAGGGGUUAGGGGGUAGGGGAGGUUUGUUUAGGGGUUGUUGGGGUUCGGCUGGGUGGGGUUGUUUUGGUUGUAAGGUUGGGGGUGGGUGGGUUAUUUUUAUGCUUAAUUUGUAUUUUAAAAAUAAAGUCUUAAGAAUUUCACCCCAAACUACUGUAUGAACGGUUUUUAAGCCUAAUCUGGUCACCCCCUAACGGGGGGGGAGAGUUAGAAAAAGCUGAACAAAAAAAUUCCAGGAUAAGGGGACGAAAACUGGGUUUAAUGCCGCCUAAAGGGGGGGCGGGCAAAGUUCCCUUUUGUGAACAUAUUAAAGGGUGGGUUUUGUUUUGGCGGGAGACUCUCCCGAUUAAACAUACAAAAAAUUCUUGCUGGUUGUGGACCUGAAUUUUUGAAAAAACCAGAGCCUUCAACCGGGGGUAAUGCAAUAGGGUAGGGUUUUAGUUUAGGGGUUUGAAUGGGGUUUGGGGUUUGGGUAAGGGUUAAGUUUGGGUUAAAUACGGGUUGGGUAGGGGGUGGGGUCAUUUAGGGUUAAAUAAGGGUUAGGGCUAGGGUAGGGUUAAGUGUAGGGUUAGAAUAGGGUUGGGCUAGGGUGGGGUUCUUUAGGGUUAGAAAGGGGUUUGGGCUAGGGCUAGGGUUCGUUUUGGGUUAGAAUGGGGUUGGGGUAGGGUGGUUUUGUGGGUUUAAUAAGGGUUGGGCUAGGGAGGGGUUAUUUAGGUUAAAUAAGGGGAGGGGGAGGGCUAGGUUCAGUUUUGCGUUAGAAAAAGGGUUUGGGCUGGGGGAGGGGGAAGUGUAGGGUUAGAAAAAGGGGGAGGGCUAGGGCUGGGUUUAGUUUAGGUUAAUAGGGUUUUAGGGCUAGGGGGGGUGGGCUAGGUAAGGGGUUUAAUUUAGGGUUGAAAAGGGUUUGGGCUGGCUAGGGUUGUUUGGGUUAAAAUAAGGGUUAGGGGUUGGGGAAGGGUUAAUGUGGGGUUAGAAUAAGUUUAGGGCUGGGGAAGGGUUAGUGUGGGGUUUAAAAAAAGGGUUUGGGCUGGGUAAGGGGUUUAAGUGUGGGGUUUAAAAAAAGGGGUUGGGAGGGCUUGGGUUUAUUAGGGUUAAAUAAGGGGUUUGGGCUGGUAAGGGUAGGGCUGGGAAGGGUUUUAAAUGGGGUUAAAUAAAAGGGUUAGGGCUGGGGAAGGGUUAAGUGUGGGUUUGAAAAGGGUUAGGGCUAGGGUUUUGUUUAGGGUUGAAUGGUUGGGCAGGGAGGGUUAAUGUGGUUAGAAUAAGGGGGAGGGCUGGGGGAAGGGUUUUGUGAGGGGUUUUGAAUAAGGUUGGGUAGGGCUGGGUUCAGUUUAGGGUUGAAUAAGGGUUAGGGCUAGGGUGGGUUAGGCUAGGGUAAGGGUUAAUGUGGGUUAGAAUGGGUUUUGGGGGGUAAGGUUAAGGUGGUUAAAAAAGGGUUGGGGCUAGGGCUGGGGGUUUAGUUUUGGGUUGAUAAGGGGUUAGGGCUAGGGGGAAGGGGUUUGGGCUAGGGGGUUAAAGUUAUGGGGGUUUAGUGGUUUGGGGUUUUUUUUUUCUCCUCUUUUCUUCUUUCCUUUUUAAAACCCCCCUCCCAGGGGGUCUUUUUUCUCUCUGCUUCUCGGUUUUUCAUUUCUUUUUACCAACGAGCUCAUGGUUUUCUCCUCUUAUCUGUUUGAAUACUCCGCAACUACAUGAAUAUAAAAAAAAAACUGUAAAAUUACCUCACAAAAGUUCCAAAAGAAUAAAAACAUUUUAAAAAGUCUAUUAUGUAUUCAUGAGGAAAAAAAUAUUUGAUCCCCUGCGGGUUUUGUACUUUUGCCCACUGACAAAACUGAUCAUCUAUAAUUUUAAUGGUAGGUUUAUUUGAACAUGAGAGAUCAAAUUUUUAAAGCCCUGGCUGGGGAAAGGGGGGUUCUCACCCAAAUUUGAAGUACGGCCCCUCCACGUCCCUUUGUGCGGUGAAAUUGUCCUGUACCCUUUGCAAAAAAACCCCCCAAAGCACAUUUUCCACCUCCAUGUUUUGACGGGGGGGAUGGUGUUCUUGGGGGCAUAGGCACCCCCUCCAAAACGGGGUUAUUGAUCCAAAAAGCCGAUUUUGGUCUCAUCACCCAACACUUUUCACCCAUUCCCUGAAUCAUUCAGAUGUUCAUUGGCAAACUUCAAAAGGCCUGUUUGUCUUUCUUAGCAGGGGGCCUUGCGGUGUGCAGGUUUCCCUUUCAGGCUAGUGUGUUACCUAAUUUGAUACGGGUUAGGGAAGGGCUAGGGUUCGUUUAGGGGUUUGAAAAAGGGUUUUGGGCAGGGGAAGGGGUUGUGUUUGGGUUUGAUAAGGGUUUGGGCUAGGGUAAAAGGGUUUCUUUAGGAUUAGAAUAAGGUUGGGCUAGGCUAGGGUUCAUUUUUUGGGGUUGAAUAGGGGGUUAGGGCGGGAAAGGGUUAAAUGUGGUGAAUAGGGGUUUGGCUAGGGGGAAGGUUAAUUUGGUUAAUAAGGGUUAGGGCUAGGGGUAGGGUUCAUUUUAGCGUUAAAUAAGGUUUGGGCAGGGGAAGGGUUAAGUUGGGGUUAAAAAAGGGUUAGGGCUAGGCUAGGGAGGGUUGUUAGGGUUAAAAAAGGGUUAGGGUAGGGGUAGGGUUCAUUUUGGGUUGAAAAAAGGGGUUGGGCAGGUAAAGGGGUUUGGGGUAGGGGAAGGUUAGUUUAGGGUUUAAAAAAGGGUUGGGGUAGGGGUAGGGUUCAGUUUAGGGGUUGAAUAAGGGUGGGUUGGGUAAGGGUUAAGUGUGGGUUAGAAUAAGGGUUGGGCGGGGGAAGGGUUAAUGUAGGGUUAAAUAGGGUUAGGCUGGGGAAGGGUUAAUGUAGGGUUAGAAUAAGGGUUUGAGCAGGGGUAUUUUAUUUAGGUUGAAUAAAGGGGUUUUGGCAGGGGAAGGGUUAGGGGUGGAGGGGAAUGAGGGUUAGAAUAAUGGUUAGGGGAGGGAGGGUUAAGUGUAGGGUUGAAAGGGUUGGGCUGGGUUCAGUUUUGGGUUAGAAUAAAGGGGGGGGCUAGGGGAAGGGUUAAUGUUGGUUGAAAAAGGGUUAGGGCUGGGGGGGUUUAAGUGUAGGGGUUUGAAUAAGGGUUGGGCUAGGGCUAGGGGGUUUAUUUUUGGGUUAGAAUAAGGGUUAGGGGAGGGGAAGGGUUAGGGGUAGGGGAAGGGUUAAUUGGGUUAAAAAAAGGGGUUUGGGGUGGGUAAGGGUUAAGUGUAGGGUUUAGAAUAAGGGUUUAGGGCUAGGGCUAGGGUUCAGUUUAGGGUUAGAAUAAGGGUUAGGGCUCAGGGUAGGGUUAGGGCUAGGGUUAAGGUUAAGUGUAGGGUUAGAAUGAGGGUUAGGGUUUCUUUCUCUCCAUCUAUUUCUGUCUAUUCCUUUUUACCUCCCUCCCUAUGGAUGUCUUUCUCUCUCUGCUUCGUCUGGUUUACAUUUACAUUUUUACCAACUGAGCUACAUGGGUUUCUCCAUCUUACUGUUUGAGAUACUACAGCAAGCUACAUGAAAUAUGAAAAAAAAGAACUGUAAACUUUACACUCACAAAAGUUCCAAAAGAAUAAAGACAUUUAAAAUGUCAUAUUAUGUAUAUACAGUGAGGGAAAAAAAGUAUUUGAUCCCCUGCGGAUUUUGUACUUUUGCCCACUGACAAAGACGUGAUCAGUCUAUAAUUUUAAUGGUAGGUUUAUUUGAACAGUGAGAGAUCAAUUUUCAAUGCCCUGGCUGAGGGAAGGAGGUUCUCACCCAAGAUUUGACAGUACAUGGCCCCGUCCAUCGUCCCUUUGAUGCGGUGAAGUUGUCCUGUACCCUUAGCAGAAAAACACCCCCAAAGCACAAUGUUUCCACCUCCAUGUUUGACGGUGGGGAUGGUGUUCUUGGGGUCAUAGGCAGCAUUCCUCCUCCAAACACGGCGAGUUGAGUUGAUGCCAAAGAGCUCGAUUUUGGUCUCAUCUGACCACAACACUUUCACCCAGUUCUCCUCUGAAUCAUUCAGAUGUUCAUUGGCAAACUUCAGACGGGCCUGUAUAUGUGCUUUCUUGAGCAGGGGGACCUUGCGGGUGCUGCAGGAUUUCAGUCUUUCACGGCGUAGUGUGUUACUCUAGGAUUAGAAUACGGGUUAGGGAUAGGGCUAGGGUUCAGUUUAGGGUUAGAAUAAGGGUUAGGGCUAGGGUAAGGGUUAAGUGUAGGGUUAGAAUAAGGGUUAGGGCUAGGGUAAGGGUUAGGGCUAGGGUAAGGGUUAGUGUAGGGUUAGAAUAAGGGUUAGGGCUAGGGUAAGGGUUACGUUUAGGAUUAGAAUAAGGGUUAGGGCUAGGGCUAGGGUUCAGUUUAGGUUAGAAUAGGGGUUAGGGCUAGGGUAAGGGUUAAUGUAGGGGUUUGAAAAGGGUUGGGCUAUAAGGGUUAAGUUUUGGAUAGAUAAGGGUUAGGGCUGGGCUAGGGUUCAGUUUAGCGUUAGAAUGGGUUUUGGGGUAGGGGAGGGGUUUAAUGUAGGGUUUAAAUAAAAAGGGUUAGGGGUAGGGCUGGGUAAGGGGUUAAAUUGGGUUAAAAAGGGUUAGGGCUAGGGGUAGGGUUUCAUUUAGGGGGGAAAAAGGGGUUUGGGCGGGGAAGGGUUGGGGUAGGGGAAAGGGGUUAGUUUUUGGGUUGAAUAAGGUUAGGGCGGGUUCGUUUUUGGGUUGAAUAAGGGUUUGGGUUGGGGAAGGUUAAUGUGGUUAGAAUAAAAGGGGUUUGGCUAGGGAAAAGGUUAGUGUGGGUUAGAAUAAAGGGGAGGGCUGGUAAGGGGUUUAAAUGUAGGGGAGAAAAAAGGGGUUUGGGCGGGUAAAAGGGUUUAAAUGUAGGUUAAAAAGGGGUUGAGCUAGGGCUGGGUUCAGUUUUGGGUUAGAAUAAGGGUUUGGGGUAGGGGGGGUUGGGGUAGGGUAGGGUUAAGUGUGGGGUUUAAAUAAUGGUUUGGGGUAGGGGAAGGGGUUUAAAUGUAGGGGUUUGAAAAGGGUUUGGCUAGGGGUUUUUUAGGGGUUUGAAAAGGGGUUUGGGGGAGGGUUGGGGGAAGUGUAGGGUUAAAAGGUUGGGCUAGGGGGUUUUAAAAGUAGGGGUUUGAAUAAGGGUUAGGGCUGGCUGGGGUUUAGUUUAGGUUAGAAAAAGGGGUUUGGGCUAGGGGAAGGUUAGGGGUGGGUAAAGGGUUAGUUUAGGGGUUUGAAAGGUUAGGGCUGGGGGGGUUGUGUGGGUUGUAAAAGGGUAGGGGGUAGGGCUGGGGUUUGUUUGGGUUGAAUAAGGGGGUUGGGGUAGGUGGGUUAGGGCUAGGGUUAGGUUUUUGUUAGGGUUGAAAAGAGGGGUUUGGGUUUUUUUUUCUCCUCCCAUUUUUUCGGUUUUAUUUCCUUUUUUCCUCCCUCCCUAUGGGGUGUCUUUUUUCCCCUCUAUUUUUCUGGUUUACAUUUACAUUUUACCAAAUGAGCUACUGGGUUUUUCCUCUUUCUGUUUGAGAUACUACGCAAGUACAUAAAAUUUAAAAAAAAACUGAAACUUUACACUCACAAAGUUUCCCAAAAAAAUAAAAAAUUAAAAUGCAUAUUUGUUAUACAGGAGGGAAAAAUAUUUGAUCCCCUGCGGGUUUGUACUUUUGCCCACUGACAAAAAUGAUCAUCUAUAAAUUUUUGGGGAUUUAUUUGACGUGGAGAUCAAUUUUCAAUGCCCUGUGAGGAAGGAGGUUCUCACCCAAAUUUGACAGUACAAAGGCCCCCUCCACGCCCCUUUAUGGGUGAAUUUUUCCCGUACCCUUUGCAGAAAAAACCCCCCAAACAAAUUUUCCCCCUCCAUUUUGACGGGGGGAUGGGUUUUCUUUGGGUCAUGGCGCAUUCCCCUCCAAAAAACGGGGAUUGAGUUGAUGCCAAGACUCGAUUUUGGGCUAUCUGACCACAACACUUUCACCCAGUCUCCUCUGAAUCAUUCAGUGUUCAUUCAAACUUCAACGGGGCCCGUUUGUGCUUUUUUGAGAGGGGGGUUUCGGUGCUGCAGGAUUUCAUCUUUCCGGGGAGGGUGUUUUUCCCCCUGGAUUAGAAUCGGGUUAGGGGGAAAGGGGGAGGGGGUUUAGUUUUUGGUUAAAUAAGGGUUAGGGGUAGGUAAGGGUUUUAAAUUGGGGUUAGAAAAGGGGUUUUUGGGGGUAGGGGGAAGGGGUUGGGGUGGGUAGGGGUUUAAAUGAGGGUUAAAAAAGGGUUAGGGCUAGGUAAGGGUUUUUUUAAUUAAAAAGGGGUUUGGGGUAGGGGUAGGGUUCAUUUAAGGGUUGAAUAGGGUUUUGGGGUAGGGUAAGGGUUAAGGGGGGGUUAAAUAGGGUUUGGCUAGGUAAAUUAAUUUUUGGAUUUGAAAAAGGUUAGGGCUGGGCUAGGGUUCAUUUUCUUGAAAAAAGGUUUAGGCUGGGUAAGGGUUUUUGUGUAGGGUUUUAAUAAGGGUUAGGGGUAGGGCAGGUAAGGUUAAAUUUUGGUUAAAAAGGGUUGGGUAGGGCUAGGGUUUUUAGUUUGGGUUAGAAUAAGGUUUGGGCUAGGGGAAGGGUUUGGGCUAGGGUAGGGUUUAAUUUUGGGGUUAAAAAAGGGUUUGGGCUAGGGUUUUGUUUUGGGGAGAAUAGGGUUAGGGUUUGGGUGGGGGAAUGUGGGUUUGAAAAAGGUUGGGGUAGGGGGUAAGGUUAGUGUAGGUAGAAAAGGGGUUUGGGGGGGUAAGGGGUUAAUGUAGGGUUGAAUAAGGUAGGGGUAGGGGAAGGGGUUAAGUGUAGGGGUUUGAAUAAGGGGUUUGAGCAGGGCGGGUUCAGUUAGGGUUAGAAUAAGGGUUUAGGGCUAGGGAAGGGUUGGGCUAGGGGAAGGUUAAUGUAGGGGUUUGAAAAUGGGUUGGGGUAGGGGAGGGUUAAAUGUAGGGGUUGAAUAAGGGGUUUGGGGGAGGGUUCGUUUAGGGGUUUAAAAAAGGUUAGGGGUAGGGGUAAAAGGGGUUAAAUGUAAAGGGUUGAAUAGGGGGGGCAGGUAAAGGUUUAAUGUGGGUUAGAAAAAGGGUUAGGGCUGGGCUAGGGUUCGUUUAGGGUUAGAAAAGGGUUUGGGGGUGGGUAAAUUUUGGGCUAGGGGAAAGGGUUAAGUUAGGGGUUGAAUAAGGGUUAGGGGUGGGGAAAGGGGUUUAAAUGUAGGGUUAGAAAAGGGGUUUGGCUAGGGCUAGGGUUCAUUUAGGGUUAAAUAAGGGUUAGGGCGGAAGGUUUGGGUGGGGGUUGGGUUAAUUUAGGGUUAGAAUGAGGGUUAGGGUUUCUUUCUCUCCAUCUAUUUCUGUCUAUUCCUUUUUACCUCCCUCCCUAUGGAUGUCUUUCUCUCUCUGAUUCGUCUGGUUUACAUUUACAUUUUUACCAACUGAGCUACAUGGGUUUCUCCAUCUUAUCUGUUUGAGAUACUACAGCAGCUACAUGAAAUAUGAAAAAAAGAACUGUAAACUUUACACUCACAAAAGUUCCAAAAGAAUAAAGACAUUUAAAAUGUCAUAUUAUGUAUAUACAGUGAGGGAAAAAAGUAUUUGAUCCCCUGCGGAUUUUGUACUUUUGCCCACUGACAAAGACGUGAUCAGUCUAUAAUUUUAAUGGUAGGUUUAUUUGAACAGUGAGAGAUCAAUUUCAAUGCCCUGGCUGAGGGAAGGAGGUUCUCACCCAAGAUUUGACAGUACAUGGCCCCGUCCAUCGUCCCUUUGAUGCGGUGAAGUUGUCCUGUACCCUUAGCAGAAAAACACCCCCAAAGCACAAUGUUUCCACCUCCAUGUUUGACGGUGGGGGAUGGUGUUCUUGGGGUCAUAGGCAGCAUUCCUCCUCCAAACACGGCGAGUUGAGUUGAUGCCAAAGAGCUCGAUUUUGGUCUCAUCUGACCACAACACUUUCACCCAGUUCUCCUCUGAAUCAUUCAGAUGUUCAUUGGCAAACUUCAGACGGGCCUGUAUAUGUGCUUUCUUGAGCAGGGGGACCUUGCGGGUGCUGCAGGAUUUCAGUCUUUCACGGCGUAGUGUGUUACUCUAGGAUUAGAAUACGGGUUAGGGAUAGGGCUAGGGUUCAGUUUAGGGUUAGAAUAAGGGUUAGGGCUAGGGUAAGGUUUAAUGUAGGUUGAAUAAGGGUUUUGGCUGGGGAAGGGUUCGUUUGGAUUAAAAAAGGGUUGGCUACUAGGUUCAUUUGGGUUAGAAUAGGGUUGGGCUAGGGGAAAAGGGGUUGUGUGGGGGUUAAAAAAGGGUUUGGGGAGGGAAGGGGUUAAAUUUAGGAUUAGUAAAGGGGUUUGGGCAGGCUAGGGGUUUAGUUUUUGCGUUAAAAAAAGGUUUGGCUGGGGAAAGGGGUUUUGUGGUUUUGAAUAAGGUUGGGCUGGCUGGGUAAGGGGUUUGUGUGGGGAGAAUAAGGGGUUUGGGGAGGCUGGGGUUUAGUUUGGUUGAAAAAGGUUAGGGGUAGGGGAAGGGUUUGGGCUAGGUAAAGGGGGAAUUUUAGGGUUAGAAUAAGGGUUUGGGGGUAGGGCUAGGGUUCGUUUAGGGGUUUGAAAAGGGUUUGGGGUUUGGGUAAGGGUUAAGUGUAGGGUUAAAUAAGGGGUUGGGCUAGGUAAGGGUUAAAAUGUUAGGGUUAGAAUAAGGGUUAGGGCUAGGGUAAGGGUUUAAGUGGUAAGGGUUAGAAUAAGGGUUAGGGCUAGGGUAAGGGUUAAGUGUAUAGGUUAGGGUUAGAAUAAGGGUUAGAGCUAGGGGCUAAUGGGUUCAGUUUAGGGUUAGAAUAAGGGUUAGGGCUAGGGUAAGGGUUAGGGCUAGGGUAAGGGUUAAGUGUAGGGUUAGAAUAAUGGUUAGGGCUAGGGUAAGGGUUAAGUGUAGGGUUAGAAUAAGGGUUAAGGGAUAGGGUUCAUUUAUGGUUAGAAGAAGGGUUAGGACUAGGUAAGGGUUAAGUGUAGGGUUAGAAUAAGGGUUAGGUGCUAAGGGUAAAGGUUAAGGUUAGGGUUAGAAUAAGGGUUAGGGCUAGGGCGAGGGUUUCAUUUUGAAGGGUUAGAAUAAGGGGUUAGGGCAUGGGGUAAAUGGUUAAGGGCUAGGGUAAGGGUUAAGUGUAGGGUUAGAAUAAGGGUUAGGGCUAGGGUAAGGGUUAAGUGUAGGGUUAGAAUAAGGGUUAGGGCUAGGGCUAGGGUUCAGUUUAGGGUUAGAAUAAGGGUUAGGGCUAGGGUAAGGGUUAGGGCUAGGGUUAAGGUUAAGUGUAGGGUUAGAAUGAGGGUUAGGGUUUCUUUCUCUCCAUCUAUUUCUGUCUAUUCCUUUUUACCUCCCUCCCUAUGGAUGUCUUUCUCUCUCUGCUUCGUCUGGUUUACAUUUACAUUUUUACCAACUGAGCUACAUGGGUUUCUCCAUCUUAUCUGUUUGAGAUACUACAGCAAGCUACAUGAAAUAUGAAAAAAAGAACUGUAAACUUUACACUCACAAAAGUUCCAAAAGAAUAAAGACAUUUAAAAUGUCAUAUUAUGUAUAUACAGUGAGGGAAAAAAGUAUUUGAUCCCCUGCGGAUUUUGUACUUUUGCCCACUGACAAAGACGUGAUCAGUCUAUAAUUUUAAUGGUAGGUUUAUUUGAACAGUGAGAGAUCAAUUUUCAAUGCCCUGGCUGAGGGAAGGAGGUUCUCACCCAAGAUUUGACAGUACAUGGCCCCGUCCAUCGUCCCUUUGAUGCGGUGAAGUUGUCCUGUACCCUUAGCAGAAAAACACCCCCAAAGCACAAUGUUUCCACCUCCAUGUUUGACGGUGGGGAUGGUGUUCUUGGGGUCAUAGGCAGCAUUCCUCCUCCAAACACGGCGAGUUGAGUUGAUGCCAAAGAGCUCGAUUUUGGUCUCAUCUGACCACAACACUUUCACCCAGUUCUCCUCUGAAUCAUUCAGAUGUUCAUUGGCAAACUUCAGACGGGCCUGUAUAUGUGCUUUCUUGAGCAGGGGGACCUUGCGGGUGCUGCAGGAUUUCAGUCUUUCACGGCGUAGUGUGUUACCAAUUGUUUUCUUGGUGACUAUGGUCCCAGCUGCCUUGAAAUCAUUGACAAGAUCCUCCCAUGUAGUUUUGGGCUGAUUCCUCACUGUUCUCAUGAUCAUUGCAACUCCACGAGGUGAGAUCUUGCAUGGAGCCCCAGGCCGAGGGAGAUUGACAGUUCUUUUGUGUUUCUUCCAUUUGCGAAUAAUCACACAAACUGUUGUCACCUUCUCACCAAGCUGCUUGCCAAUGGUCUUGUAGCCCAUUCCAGCCUUGUGUAGGUCUACCAUCUUGUCCCUGACAUCUUUGGAGAGCUCUUUGGUCUUGGCCAUGGUGGUGAGUUUGGAAUCUGGUGGCAUUGUCAUGCUGGAGGGUCAUGUCAGGAUGAGCCUGCAGGAAGGGGACCACAUGAGGGAGGAGGAUAUCUUCCCUGUAACACACAGAGUUGAGAUUGCCUGCAAUGACAACAAGCUCAGUCCGAUAAUGUUUUGACACACCGCCCCAGACCAUGACGGACCCUUCACCUCCAAAUCGAUCCCGCUCCAGAGUACAGGCCUCGGUGUAACGCUCAUUCCUUCGACGAUAAACGCAAAUCUGACCAUCACCCCUGGUGAGACAGAACCGCGUCUCGUCAGUGAAGAGCACUUUUUGCCAGUCCUGUCUGGUCCAGCGACUGUGGGUUUGUGCCCAUAGGUGACGUUGUUGCCGGUGAUAUCUGAUGAGUACCUGCCUUACAACAGGCCUACAAGCCCUCAGUCCAGCCUCUCUCAGCCUAUUACGGACAGUCUGAGCACUGAUGGAGGGAUUGUGCGUUCCUGGUGUAACUCGGGCAGUUGUUGUUGCCAUCCUGUACCUGUGCCGCAGGUGUGAUGUUCGGAUGUACCGAUCCUGUGCAGGUGUUGUUACACGUGGUCUGGCACUGCGAGGACAAUCAGCUGUCCGUCCUGUCUCCCUGUAGCACUGUCUUAGGCGUCUCACAGUACGGACAUUGCAAUUUAUUGCCCUGGCCACAUCUGCAGUCCUUAUGCCUCCUAGCAGCAUGCCUAAGGCACGUUCACACAGAUGAGCAGGGACCCUGGGCAUCUUUCUUUUGGUGUUUUUCAGAGUCAGUAGAAAGGCCUCUUUAGUGUCCUACGUUUUCAUAACUGUGACCUUAAUUGCCUACCGUCUGUAAGCUGUUAGUCUCUUAACGACCAUUCCACAUGUAUUGGAAACAGUGUUUAAAACCUUUACAAUGAAGAUCUGUGAAGUUAUUUGGAUCUUUGAAAGACAGGGUCCUGAAAAAGGGAUGUUUCUUUUUUUGCUGAGUUUAUGCGUCUCUAAUAUGGCCAUACAUUUGUCAGGAGGUUAGGAAGUGCAGCUCAGUUUACACCUAAUUUUGUGGGCAGUGUGCACAUAGCCUGUCUUCACUUGAGAGCCAGAUCUGCCUAUGUUGGCCUCUCUCAAUAGCAAGGCUAUGCUCACUGAGUCUGUACAUAGUCAAAGCUUUCCUUAAGUUUGGGUCAGUCACAGUGGUCAGGUAUUCUGCCACUGUGUACUCUUUGUUUAGUGCCAAAUAGCAUUCUAGUUCAGUUUUUUUGUUGAUUCCUUCCAAUGUGUCAAGUAAUUAUAUUUUUGUUUUCUCAUGAUUUGGUUUGGUCUAAUUGUGUUGCUGUCCUGGGGCUCUGUGGGGUCUAUUUGUGUUUGUUAACAGAGCCCCAGGACCAGCUUGCUGAGGGGACUCUUCUCCAGGUUCAUCUCUCUGUAGGUGAUGGCUUUGUUAUGGAAGGUUUGGGAAUCGCUUCCUUUUAGGUGGUUGUAGAAUUUAACAGCUCUUUUGUGGAUUUUGAUAAUUAGCGGAUAUGAAACUAAUUCUGCUCUGCAUGUCUUUGCAGAAUUUUGCAUGCAGAGUCUCAAUUUGGUGUUUGACCCAUUUUGUGAAUUCUUGGUUGGUGAGUGGACCCCAGACCUCACAACCAUAAAGGGCAAUGGGUCCUAUAAGUGAUUCAAAUAUUUUUAGCCAGAUCCUAAUUGGUAUGUCGAAUUGUAUGUUCCUUUUGAUGGCAUAGAAGGCCCUUCUUGCCUUGUCUCUCAGAUCGUUCACAGCUUUGUGGAAGUCACCUGUGACGCUGAUGUUUAGGCCGAGGUAUGUAUAGUUCUUUGUGUGCUCUAGGGCAACCGUGUCUAGAUGGAAUUUGGGUUUGUGGUCCUGGCAAUUGGACCUUUUUUAGAACACCAUUAUUUUUGUGUUCCUGAGAUUUACUGUCAGGGCCCAGGUCUGACAGAAUCUGUGCAGAAGAUCUAGGUGCUGCUGUAGGCCCUCCUUGUCAGGGCCCUCAUUGUUUGGGGACAUUAUUUGCUUUUUUUUUCUUAGAAACUGCAUUGUUGGUGAAGGGCUUGUAAAUAAGCAUUUCAUUGUAACCUGUUGCAUUCAUCACAUGUGGCAAAUACAAUUUGGUUUAAUUUGAAACAUUAAACUUUUGACUUCAGAUUGUAGUUUAUUUUUCUCUCCCUCUCCCAAGAGCUAUGGACCAAGCCAUGGUUUCGUUUCAGUUCCAGAUAGUGAGUGAUAUCUCGAUAUGAGAUAGGAUAUAGAUAGAUCUCUCCUAUCUCGCUAUAUACUAGAGAGAGAGUAGAUAGAGAAGAUAGAUCUAGCUAUAGCUGACAUAUGUGGGGAGGAAUCGAGAUAUAUAUAGACAGAUAUAUACUAUGGCUAGAGUAGGUUCUGGAUCUAUCUUUAGGUUCUUCUCUCUCUCUCUCCUCUCUCUCUCUCUCUCUCUCUCUCUCUCGCGCUCUCUCUCUCUCUCUCUCCCUCUCUCUCUGUUUCUCUCUCUACUUCUCUCUCUAUAUGUUUCUCUCUCUCCUUUCACUUUCUCUCUCUCUCUCUCUCUCUCUCUCUUUCUCUCUCUCUCCCUAUCCUCCCCAUAACCCCCCCCCCCUCUUUCUCCCUCUGUUUUUAACCUCACAGUAAUGUUGUGUCAAGGUUAUUUUCUGAUGUAUUACAUGGACCUAUUAUUAGGCAGUGAUAAAUGCAAGAUGUUUGUGUGUAUGUGUUUGUGAGAGAGUGAGUGUGUGGGUAUGUGAAUAUGAGUGUGACUGUGGGUGUUUUGUUUUUUGUGGAUCAUAAGAUUAACAGGGCUGAAGUGUGUGUAGGACACAGACAGGGCAGCCAUUCCAUUGGAGAGUCACGGACAGGGCAGCCUCACCAUUGGAGAGUCACAGACAGUUCAGCCUCACCAUUGGAGAGUCACAGACAGUUCAGCCUCACCAUUGGAGAGUCACGGACAGGGCAGCCUCUCCAUUGGAGAGUCAUAGACAAGGCAGCCUCUCCACUGGAGAAAUACAGACAGGGCAGCCUCUCCAUUAUAGAGUCACGGACAGGGCAGGCUCUCCAUUGGAGAGUGGGUAAACUAAUUAUUGGUCAAUGUGUAUCGACCUUGUAGAAAGAAAUGGACUUCACACAUGCACACACACACGCACGCACACACACACACACACACACAGACAGGCAGGCACGCACGCACGCACACAUGCACACACAGACAGACAGACAGACACACACACACACUGACCCACGUACGCACAUGCAGACACAUUAAUGUAGCUCCCAUUGCCAGUUUAAGGCCAUGUAGGCCCACAACCUAGGUGUGUUUGUGUUGGUACUGGUUGGAUGCAGGUGUAUUUCGGGAAGCGCUGUCCAGCGUUAUUACACACAUACUGAUUGACGUCAACUGAGAGAAAAACAUUGAUACAAUGACUCAGAGUCUGAGAUUCAAAUAUUAAACCCUGCCGAGAAUGUUUAUCACGGUAAAAUACAAUUGAAUAUGGAUGAAUGCAGUUCCAUUUGAUAAAAAACAGUGAGACGUUUAUCUCUGAUGGCUACCUCGGCUGUGGUUCAGAACCACGUCUGUUCUCUAAAAGGUCUCUUAUUUAUUUCUGUCUGUGUGUGUGUGCCUCCCUAAUCCUGACUUUGUAGUGUGUGUUUGUGUGUGUGUUUGUGUGUGUGUGUUUGUAGCUGAACGUCUGUUUAGGAGCCCUCCAGGUCGUUACAUAAACACCACAAAUCCCUCUGUGUCGCCCGAGGAUGUGACUCUCUCCUCUCCCGCCCUCAUUUCAUCCCUCACUUCUUCCCCUCAACAUCUCUCCUUCCCAUUACUUUAUCAAAUCUUUCAUCCUCUCCUCUGCCCACCUUACACGCUGACUAGACCCGGGCACACACGUCCAUCCACACCAGACGUGAUCAGGACACGCAGGUUGAAAUAUCAAAAUGAAACUCUCAACCAACUAUAUUAGUUUGGGUACAGGUCCAAACACAUGAAACAUUUAUGGACGUUUAGCUAGCUAGCUUGCAAGUUGCUAGCUAAUUUGUCCUAGGAUAUGAACAUUGGGUUGUUAUUUUGCUUGAAAUGCACAAGGCCCUUGUAGAAUCUUUGUAGAAUUAUGACCCAUUUUGAAGUCACACAAAAUCAUGUGUUCUCUACUCCGCAAAUUAAUCCUCAGAUAAAAGGGGAAAGCGAGUUAGUUUCUAGUUAUCUCUCCUCCUUCUGUAUUCUUGAUGCACGCUAGCAGUUUGGAUGAAAUUAUUGAAUAACAUGUACACUACCAUUUAAAAGUUUGGGUUCACUUAGAAAUGUCUUUGUUUUCUAAAGAAAAGCAAUUUUUUGGUCCAUUAAAAUAACAUCAAAUUGAUCAGAAAUACAGUGUAGACAUUGUUAAUGUUGUAAAUGGCUAUUGUAGCUGGAAACGGCUGAUUUUUUAUGGAAUAUCUACAUAGGCGUACAUUAUCAGCAACCAUCAGUCCUGUGUUCCAAUGGCACGUUGUGUUUGCUAAUCCAAGUUUAUCAUUUUAAAAGGCUAAUUGAUCAUUAGAAAACCCUUUUGCAAUUAUAUAAGCACAGCUGAAAACUGUCGUGCUGAUUAAAGAAGCAAUAAAACUGGCCUUCUUGAGACUAGAUGAGUAUCUGGAGCAUCAGCAAUUGUGGGUUCGAUUACAGGAUCAGAAUGGCCAAAAACAAAUAACUUUCUUCUGAAACUCGUCAGUCUAUUCUUGUUCUGAAAAAUGAAGGCUAUUCCAUGUGAGAAAUUGCCAAGGAACUGAAGAUCUCGUACAACGCUGUGUACUACUCCCUUCACAGUACAGUGCAAACUGGCUCUAACCAGAAUAGAAAGAGGAGUGGGAGGCCCCGGUGCACAACUGAGCAAGAGGACAAAUACAUUAGUGUGUCUAGUUUGAGAAACAGAUGCCUCACAUGUCCUCAACUGGCAGCUUCAUUAAAUAGUACCCACAAAACACCAGUCUCAACGUCAACAGUGAAGAAGCGACUCCGGGAUGCUGACCUUCUAGGCAGAGUUGCAAAGAAAAAGCAAUUUCUCAGACUGGCCAAUAGAAAGAAAAGAUUAAGAUGGGCAAAAGAACACAGACACUGGACAGAGGAAGAUUGGAAAAAAGUGUUAUGAACAGACGAAUCGAAGUUUGAGGUGUUCGGAUCACAAAGAAUAACGUUUGUGAGACGCAGACCAAAUGAAAAGAUGCUGGAGGAGUGCUUGAUGCCAUCUGUCAAGCAUGGUGGAGGCAAUGUGAUGGUCAGGGGGUGCUUUGGUGGUGGUAAAGUGGGAGAUUUGUACAGGGUAAAAGGGAUCUUGAAGAAGGAAGGCUAUCACUCCAUUUUGCAACGCAAUGCCAUACCCUGUGGACGGCGCUUGAUUGGAGCCAAAUUCCUCCUACAACAGGACAAUGACCCAAAGCACAGCUCCAAACUAUGCAAUAACUAUUUAGGGAAGAAGCAGUCAGCUGGUAUUCUGUCUAUAAUGGAGUGGCCAGCACAGUCACCGGAUCUCAACCCUAUUGAGCUGUUGUGGGAGCAGCUUGACCGUAUGGUACGUAAGAAGUGCCCAUCAAGCCAAUCCAACUUGUGGGAUGGGGUGAAAUCCCUUCAGAUUACCUCAACAAAUUGACAACUAGAAUGCCAAAGGUCUGCAAGGCUGUAAUUGCUACAAAUGGAGGAUUCUUUGACGAAAGCAAAGUUUGAAGGACACAAUUAUUAUUUCAAUUAAAAAUCAUUAUUUCUAACCUUGUCAAUGCCUACAUUUCAUAUGCAUUUUGCUAUAUUUCCUAUUCAAACUCAUUUCAUGUAUGUUUUCAUGGAAAACAUUUCUAAGUGACCCCAAACUUUUGAACGGUGGUGUAUGUGUACAUUUAUUUUGCAACGCUCGCGCAAGCAAGCGGGUGGUGUGGUCAGCAUGUUAGUGUCUCAUCACCCUUUCUUCUCUGGUCAGCAUGUUAGUGUCUCAUCACCCUUUCUUCUCUGGUCAGCAUGUUAGUGUCUCAUCACCCUUUCUUCUCUGCUUCCGUCUCCUCGUCUCUCUCGCAGUUUGUCCUCCCUCUCUCUCUCUCUCUCCCUCCCUCUCUCUCUCUCUCUCUCUCUCUCUCUCUCUCUCUCUCUCUCUCUCUCUCUCUCUCUCUCUCUCUCUCUCCACCUCUCUUCCUCCAUCCCUCUCUCAGUCCUUCUAUCUACAUUUUUCUCACACCUCUCUCUCAAUUCAAUUCAAAGGGCUUUUUUGGCACGGGAAACAAGUGAAAUAGAUAAUAAACAAAUGUGAAAUAAACAAUAAAAAAUUAACAGUAAACAUUACACUCUCUCUCAGUAGUUAUGAAAGUAGCGCACACGAGCCUUGAGUGGUCCCAGAAACUUGCGUACUACGUCACAUAUGUGCAUAUAUGUGCACCAUGUCAUUGGUCUCUCUCGCUAUACUGUGUGUUCAUCUUGCUAGCUUUGACUGAAAUGUCGAGGGGCUAAAGCUCAGUGGCUGGAACUCAAAUUGCUAGGGGGCUGGCCAACCUGUGGGGAAAUGUAGGGAAAAUGGUGCCACACAGUCACUUUCAAACUAGGGAUUUUGUGGCUUAAUGAGGUAAGAAAGUAAUUGCGCUCAUUGAUUAUGCAUGUACAGUAUGAACUACAUAGCCCAAAGUGGGAGGUUUAAAAAAUACUUACUAGUCGCCAAAGUUCCGGAGCAUGUCUUUAAUUUGACCAGUCUGUCACAGCAGGAAAAGAAUACUGCAGCAACAAUGUGUCACGGAAACCCCCGGUACUGCUGCUCUUCUAGGUGUCACUGACCUGGUUCAUUACCAUCAACCCCUGACUGUCUUGUCUCAUUAGGCACACCUGGUCCCCCCUGAUUAGUAUAUGUAUAUAUGUGCCCUCUGUUCCCCAUUGUCCUUGUCGAUAAUUGUCCCAUGUCCGUUGGUCUCGUGAGUACUUUGUAUUACGGGUUACAUACCGUGGAAUUGUGCACUUGUUAUUACGGGUCUCGUCCCGUGUAUUAUUUAGAGGUUUACACCUCGCUCUAUUGUUUGGGUUUCAUCCCUUUGUUAUAUACAGUUGAAGUCGGAGGUUUACAUACACUUAGGUUGGAGUCAUUAAAACUCGUUUUUCAUCCACUCCACAAAUUUCUUGUUAACAAACUAUAGUUUUGGCAAGUUGGUUAGGACAUCUACUUUGUGCAUGACACAAGUAAUUUUUCCAACAAUUGUUUACAGACAGACAAUUUCACUUAUAAUUCACUGUAUCACAAUUCCAGUGGGUCAGAAGUUUACAUACACAAAGUUGACUAUGCCUUUAAACAGCUUGGAAAAUUACAGAACAUGAUGUCAUGGCUUUAGAAGCUUCUGAUAGGCUAAUUGACAUCAUUUGAGUCAAUUGGAGGUGUACCUGUGGAUGUUUUUCAAGGAUUACCUUCAAACUCAGUGCAUCUUUGCUUGACAUCAUGGGAAAUCUAAAGAAAUCAGCCAAGACCUCAGAAAAAAAUGUGUAGACCUCCACAAGUCUGGUUCAUCCUUGGGAGCAAUUUCCAAACGCCUGAAGGUACUGCGUUCAUCUGUACAAACAAUAGUACGCAAGUAUAAACACCAUGGGACCACGCAGCCGUCACACUGCUCAGGAAGGAGACGCGUUCUGUCUCCUAGAUAUGAACGUACUUUGGUGCGAAAAGUGCAAAUCAAUCCCAGAACAACAGCAAAGGACCUUGUGAAGAUGCUGGAGGAAACAGGUACAAAAGUAUCUAUAUCCACAGUAAAACGAGUUCUAUAUCGACAUAACCUGAAAGGCUGCUCAGCAAGGAAGAAGCCACUGCUCUAAAACCGCCAUAAAAAAGCCAGACUAUGGUUUGCAACUGCACAUGGGGACAAAGAUCGUACUUUUUGGGGAAAUGUCCUCUGGUCUGAUGAAACAAAAAUAGAACUGUGGCCAUAAUGACCAUUGUUAUGUUUGGAGGAAAAAGGGGGGGCUUGCAAGCCGAAGAACACCAUCCCAACCGUGAAGCACGGGGGUGGCAGCAUCAUGCUGUGAGGGUGCUUUGCUGCAGGAGGGGCUGGUGCACUUCACAAAAUAGAUGGCAUCAUGAGGAAGGAAAAUUAUGUGGAUAUAUUGAAUAACAUCUCAAGACAUCAGUCAGGAAGUUAAAGCUUGGUCGCAAAUGGGUCUUCCAAAUGGACAAUGACCCCAAGCAUACUUCCAAAGUUGUGGCAAAAUGGCUUAAGGACAACAAAGUCAAGGUAUUGGAGUGGCCAUCAAAAGCCCUGACCUCAAAUUUGUGGGUAGAACUGAAAAAGUGUGUGCGAGCAAGGAGGCCUACAAACCUGAUUCAGUUACACCAGCUCUGUCAGGAGGAAUGGGCCAAAAUUCACCCAACAUAUUGUGGGAAGCUUGUGGAAGGCUACCCGAAACAUUUGACCCAAGUUAAACAAUUUAAAGGCAAUGUUACCAAAUACAAAUUGAGUGUAUGUAAACUUCUGACCCACUUUGAAUGUGAUGAAUGAAAUAAAAGCUGAAAUAAAUCAUUUUCUCUACUAUUAUUCUGCCAUUUCACAUUCUUAAAAUAAAGUGGUGAUCCUAACUGACCUAAGACAGGGAAUUUUUAAUAGGAUUAAAUGUCAGGAAUUGUGAAAAACUGAGUUUAAAUGUAUUUGGCUAAGGUGUAUGUAAACUUCCGACUUCAACUGUAUAUACGUGUUUGUUUUGGGCUUCGUCCUCGUCCCCUAUUACGUAUUCCUGCGCCUGUCUCCUAUCAUUAUACAACAUGACACAAUGUGAAUUAUUAGGUGGAUUAAAAUGAAUUUACAUUUUUGUAGAGGAUUACACAGUUUUCAUUAGGGCAAAUCAAGUUUGACAUUUGUACGUGGAAAUUACAAACUUUAGAAGCCUUUUUAAACACUGAAUACACAACAAGUUACAUUUCUCGCUGUGCAGGAAAAUUCUAUGCAAAUUAAGAGAGUACAUCUGUAUCUGAGGGGAGUUUGACGUCUAGUCUAGUCCAGUGUAGUGAAACCAGUGAAUAAUGUUCCUCUCGGCUGCAGUCAGGAAGGUGGAUUCACUGUGUGUCAUUCGACUGGGAACCAAGCCAAACCCACACUCAAAAUAUUGCAACACUGACUAAACAUUUGUUUCAGUCCGCCGUAGUACAAUGACUUCAAUACCUACAAACCAUUACUUGUUUGAUAGUAGCUUUAAACUCUCUCUGGAUGCAUAAACAUAUUCGGAGAAGUCUGUCUCUCUCUCUCUCUCUCUCUCUCUCUCUCUCUCUCUCUCUCUCUCUCUCUCAAUUCAAUUCCAAUUUAAGGGGCUUUAUUGGCAUGGGAAACAUACAGUGGCUUGUGAAAGUGUUGACCCCCCUUGGAAUUUUUUGUAUUUUGUUGCCUUACAACCUAGCAUUAAUUACAUUUUAUUUUGGGGGGGUUUGUACCAUUUGAUUUACACAACAUGCCUACCACUUUGAAGAUGCAACAUAUUUUGUGGGGUGAAACAAACAAGAAAUAAGACAAAAAAACAGAAAACUUGAGCGUGCAUAACUAUUCACCCCCCCAAAGUCAAUACUUUGUAGAGCCACCUUUUGCAGCAAUUACAGCUGCAGGUCUCUUGGGGUAUGUCUCUAUAAGCUUGGCACAUCUAGCCACUGGGAUUUUCUGUCCAUUCUUCAAGGCAAAACUGCUCCAGCUCCUUCAAGUUGGAUGGGUUCCGCUGGUGUACAGCAAUCUUUAAGUCAUACCACAUAUUCUCAAUUGGAUUGAGGUCUGGGCUUUGACUAGGCCAUUUUAAGACUUUUAAAUGUUUCCCCUUAAACCACUCGAGUAUUGCUUUAGCAGUAUGCUUAGGGUCAUUGUCCUGCUGGAAGGUGAACCUCCGUCCCAGUCUCAAAUCUAUGGAAAACUGAAACAGGUUUCCCUCAAGAAUUUCCCUGUAUUUAGCGCCAUCCCUUCAAUUCUGACCAGUUUCCCAGUCCCUGCCGAUGAAAAACAUCCCCACAACAUGAUGCUGCCACCACCAUGCUUCACACUGGGGUGUUGGGUUUGCGCCAGACAUAACUUUUUCAUUGAUGGCCAAAAAGCUCAAUUUUAGUCUCAUCUGACCAGAGUACCUUCUUCCAUAUGUUUGGGGAGUCUCCCACAUGCCUUUUGGCGAACUCCAAACGUGUUUGCUUAUUUGUUUCAUAAAGCAAUGUUUUUUUUCUGGCCACUCUUCCGUAAAGCCCUGCUCUGUGGAGUGUAUGUUUUAAAGUGGUCCUAUGGACAGAUACUCCAAUCUCCGCUGUGGAGCUUUGCAGCUCCUUCAGGGUUAUAUUUGGUGUCUGUUGCCUCUCUGAUUAAUGCCCUCAUUGCCUGGUCCGUGGGUUUUGGUGGGUAGCCCUCUCUUGGCAGGUUUGUUGUGGUGCCAUAUUAUUUCAAUUUUGUAAUAAUGGAUUUAAUGGUGCUCCGUGGGAUGUUCAAAGUUUCAGAUCUUUUUUUAUAACCCAACCCUGAUCUGUACUUCUCCACAACUUUGUCCUUGACCUGUUUGGAGAGCUCCUUGGUCUUCAUGGUGCCGCUUGCAUGGUGGUGCCCCUUGCGUAGUGGUGUUGCAGACUCUGGGGCCUUUCAGAAAAGGUGUAUAUAUACUGAAAUCAUGUGACACUUAGAUUGCACAUUAACUAAUUAUGUGACAUCUGAAGGUAAUUGGUUGCACCAGAUUUUAUUUAGGGGCUUCAUAGCAAAGGGGGUGAAUACAUAUGCAUGCACCACUUUUACAUUAUUUAUUUCUUAGAAUAUUUUUUUUUCAUUUCAUUUCACUUCACCAAUUUGGACUAUUUUGUGUAUGUCCAUUACAUGGAAUCCAAAUAAACAUCCAUUUAAAUUACAGGUUGUAAUGCAACAAAAUAGGAAAAACGCCAAGGGGAUGAAUACCUUAGCAAGGCACUGUAUAUUUACAUUGCCAAAUGUCACACCCUGGCUCUGGGGACUCUAUAUGUUGAGCCAGGGUGUGUAUAUUCUAUGUUUGUAUUUCUGUGUUGGCCAGAGUGGUUCCCAAUCAGAGGCAACGAGUGUCAGCUGUUGCUGGUUGUCUCUGAUUGGGAGCCAUAUUUAUAGAGGCUGUUUUCCCACAAUAGUUGUGGGAUCUUGUUCCAGUUGGUUUGUUCCUUUUGGUCUGUACCGUAGGACUGCACGUAUCGUUUGUUGUUUUGGUUAUUGUUUGUAUUAUCACUAACGAUAAAUAAACAUGUUCGUUCAUCACGCUGCGCCUUGGUCUACUCCGUCUAACGAUCGUGACACCAAAGCAAGUGAAAUAGAUAAUAAACAAAAGUGAAAUGAACAAUAAAAAAUGAACAGUAAGCAUUAUACUCACAAAAAUUCCAAAAGAAUAAAGACAUUUCAAAUGUCAUAUUAUGUCUAUAUACAGUGUUGUAACAAUGUGCAAAUAGUUAAAGCACAAAAAGGAAAAUAAAUAAAGGUUCUUCACUGGUUGCACUUUUCUUGUGGCAACAGGUCACAAAUAUUGCUGCUGUUAUGGUACACUGUGGUAUUUCACCCAGUAGAUAUGGGAGUUUAUCAAAAUUGGAUUCAUUUUCAAAUUCUUUGUAUUCUGUGUAAUCUGAGGGAAAUAUGUGUCUCUAAUAUGGUCAUACAUUUGGCAGGAGGUUAGGACGUGCAGCUCAGUUUCCACCUCAUUUUGUGGGCAGUGUGCACAUAGCCUGUCUUCUCUUGAGAGCCAGGUCUGCCUUCGGGCAGCCUUUCUCAAUAGCAAGGCUAUGCUCACUGAGUCUGUACUUAGUCAAAGCUUUCCUUAAGUUUGGGUCAGUCACAGUGGUCAGGUAUUCUUCCACUGUGUUCUCUCUGUUUAGGGCCAAAUAUCAUUCUAGUUUGCACUGUUUCUUUCCAAUGUGUCAAGUAAUUAUCUUUUUGUUUUCUCAUGAUUUGGUUGGGUCUAAUUGUGUUGCUGUCCUGGGGCUCUGUGGGUUCUGUUUGUGUUUGUGAACAGAGCCCCAGGACCAGCUUGCUUAAGGGACUCUUCUCCAGGUUAAUCGUUCUGUAGGUGAUGGCUUUGUUAUGGAAGGUUUGGGAAUUGCUUCUAUUUAGGUGGUUGUAGAAUUUAACGGCUCUUUUCUGGAUUUUGAUAAUUAGCAGGUAUCGGCCUAAUUCUGCUGUGCAUAAUUUAUUUGGUGUUUUACAUUGUACACAGAGUAUAUUUUUGCAGAAUUCUGCAUGCAGAUUCUCAAUUUGGUGUUUGACCCAUUUUGUGAAUUCUUGGUUGGUGAGUGGACCCCAGACCUCACAACCAUAAAGGGCAAUGGGUCCUAUAAAUGAUUAAAGUAUUUUUAGACAGAUCCUAAUUGGUAUGUCGAAUUUUAUGUUCCUUUUGAUGGCAUAGAAGGCCCUUCUUGCCUUGUCUCUCAGAUCGUUCACAGAUUUGUGGAAGUUACCUGUGGCGCUGAUGUUUAGGCAAGAAGGGCCUAAACAUGCUCCAGGGCAACGGUGUCUAGGUGGGAUAAGUAAUUGUGGUCCUGGCAACUGGACCUUUUUUGGAACACCAUUAUUUUUGUCUUCCUGAGAUUUACUGUCAGGGCCCAGUGCUGACAGAAUCUCUGCAGAAGAUCUAGGUGCUGCUGUAGGCCCCCCUUGGUUGGGAACAGAAGCACCAGAUCAUCAGCAAACAGUAGACAUUUGAUUUCAGAUUCUAGUAGAGUGACGCUGUCUCUCUCUCUCUCCUUAUUUCUCUAUUCCCCCCCCCCCCUCCCUCACCUUUAUACCUCUCUCCCGUCUCCUUAUCUCUCUAUUUCUCUCCCCCCCUCACCUUUAUACCUCUCUCCCCGUCUCUCUCUCCCUCCUUAUCUCUCUAUUUCUCUACCCCCCUCUCUCUCACCUUUAUACCUCUCUCCCCGUCUCUCUUUCUCUUUCUCCCUGUCUCUGUCUCACCCAUCAUACUACAGUGUAGCAUAUUGGUGAGUAUGGUCUCUGCCUCCACCAUGUGGUUGUUUGGGAGAUCUGCAGUCUCUCUCCCCCUUCGCAUCUGAGGCUCACAGAGGACAUUUUAAGGGCAUGUAACAUCUCAACACAUUAUGGGUUCAUUUUUCAUAUUUUGUCCUCUGUGGGCGCUGUGCCACAAAUAAUCACCACUGAUUGACGUCCACUGAGAGAAAACAUUGAUACAAUAGCUCAGGAUCAAUGCACUUCCAUUUGAUAAAAACCGUGAGACGUUUAUAUAUUAUGGCUGCCUCUGCAGUGGUUCAGAACCAAAUCUGUUCUCUAAAGGUAUCUUAUUUAUUUCUGUCUGUCUGUGUGUGCCUCCCUAAUCCUAACUUUGUAGUGUGUGCAUGUGUGUGUGUCGGGGGGGGUGUGUGUGUGGGGGGGUGGGGUGGGGGGGGAUCUAAUUUAAUCCACUGGCAAGCACUCAGGGCUGGGGCCUUGAAAUAGCAGUGGCAUUUUGCUUUGAAAGGCUACCAUUUGUGAAGACUCUCCAACUAGAUUCCCUUAGAGGUUAGAGUAAAGGAGAACAGCUGUGUGUGGCAACAUUCAUGCUUUCAAGUGUGCGUACACGUGUGCACGUGUGCAAAUGUUCCUGUGUGUUCGUGUGUGUGUGUGUUUUUCUAGAUCCUAGAUCCUAUAUGAGCACACCUGUUAGAUCAACUUCAUGCUACGCCUCGGCUGCCCUCACAGAGAGCUUCGCAGAUUGCAGCAAAACUCUCUCCUUUUCAAGUUAAAAUCCUCCAAGCGUUUAUCCUAAUUGUACCUUCUCUUUCCUGUCUAAUUUGUGUGGUAAUUAUGCAUAGUGAAGCUGACUUUAAAAUCAGUCUGCCUUUUCCUCCUGCUCAUGUUCAUCUUCUUCAUCAUCGGGUCAAUUACAAUGAGUUACUGAUUUCAUUUUCACACUCUCAGAUGCACACACACACAUGGCACUAGAAUGGUGCCGGAGGAGAUGGCUGCCAUUUUACAGACCUCUAACCAAUUGUACUAUUAUGUGUGUUUUUUCGCGUUAUUUGUAAUUCAUUAUUUUACUGCUGCUCUUUAAUAAUUUGCUAUUUUAAUUAUUUACUUAUCUAUUUUUUACUUAACACUUUUGUUUUUCAUUUCUUAAAACUGCAAUGUUGGUUAAGGGCUUGUAAGUAAGCAUUUCACUGUAAGGUCUACACCUGUUGAAUUUGGCUCAUGUGGCAAAUAAAAUGUGAUUUGAUUUUGAUGCACACACACACACACACACACUACCAUUGUUACCACCGUUCCACACAACAGCCACGUUGACUUUGAAUGGGAGCUGAUGACUGUUCCGCCCAGUGAUGUAGUAGGGUCACUGAACCUCGAGUCCCAAUCGAGUCCCAAGUCUCCUGCGCUCGAGUCCGAGUCACCAGUGGUCGAGUCACGAGUCAAGUCACAAGUGCCUAUGGCUAAAGUCUGAGUCCCAAGGCUCGAGUCCUGGUCCAAGUCACUGGCUGUCACGCCCUGAUCGAGAGAACUCUUGUUGGUUGGGUCAGGGUGUGAGUUUUCUGUUGAGAUCUAUGUUAGUGUAUUUCUAUGUUGUAGAUCUAGGUUGUAUUUCUAUGUUUGGCCGGGUGUGAUUCCCAAUCAGAGGCAGCUGUUGCUUGUUGUCUCUGAUGUUGCCUACCUUAGUUGUGGGAUCUUGUUUCAUUUAGGCUUGUAUGUGUAUAGCCGGAGGACUUCACGUUACGUUGUUUCUUGUUUUGUUGUAUGUUUAUUUAGUUAAUAAACAUGUACGCUUUUCACGCUGCACCUUGGUCUGACCCGUCUCUCAACGAUCGUGACAGAAGAUCCCACCACAAAAGGACCAAGCAGCGUGCCGAGGAGGAGCGAAUAGCUUUGUCACAGGUGGGCAAAUGGUGGUCAUGGGAGGAGAUAUUCGCUGGGAAAGGACCCUGGGCGAAGGUACAGGCCCUCGCAAGAGAGGAUCAACGACAACGCCAACGGGACCAACCACUGAGGAAGCCCGAGAGGCAACCCCAAGAACAUUUUUUGGGGGGGCUAGAGGGGUGGUCGGGAAUAGAGAGAGAAGAGCCCCGACCACUGUACCCGGUGGGGUUCCAGUUGGAGUCCCUACGACCAUGGGAACAGGAAUGGGAACAGUUUUACACGGAGGAGUCGGAGGAUGACGACGACGAUGAGGUUCUGUUCCCUAACUCGUGGGGGCUCCCGGAGGAGUCCUCACUGGAGGAGGAUUGGCGAGAGAGAGAGAAGGACUGGAGCAGUCUGAGAGAGGAGGCUACAACGUUACGGGGGCUGUUAGCUCAGAGGGAGCAGGAGUUAUCCGUUCAGAGGGAGGCGCUACAGGAGGCUCAAAGGGAGAAGGAAGUAGUGGAGGCACGGAGAGAGGAGCUGGUCAGGCAACAAAAGGAGCGUGUGUUCAUUGAGGAACCUAUGUAUGCGGAGAUAUGCACUGUGUCGCCAGUGCGCAUUCACAGCCCACUGCGUCCUGUGCCAGCGCCCCGCACGUGGCGUGCGAAAGUGGGCAUCCAGCCAGGACGGGUUGUGCCAGCUCUAAGCUCCAGACCUCCAGUGUGCCUCCACAGCCCGGUACGGCCUUUGCCAGCUCCUCACACCAAACCAGUGGUGCCUGUAUCCAGUCCGGCACGGCCUGCACCUGCUCCCUGCACCAAACCAGUGGUGCGUGUCGCCAGCACGGUACGCCCCGUACCUGCUCCCCGCACCAAGCCAGUGGUGCGUGUUCCCAGUCCGGUACGCCCCGUACCUGCUCCCCGCACCAAGCCAGUGGUGCGUGUUCCCAGCCCGGCCCGGCCCGUUCCUGCUCCUCGCACCAGACCUGUGGUGCGUGUCUCCAGUCUGGCCCAGCCCGUGCCUGCUCCUCGCACCAAGCCAGGGGUGCGUGUUCCCAGUCCGGCACGGCCCGUGCCCGUUCCACCGGUGCCUGGUCCAGCACCGGUCAGCUGCUCCACUCCGGAGUCAGAGCAGUCCGCUCCACCGGUGCCUAGUCCAGCUCCGGUCAGCGACUCCAUUCCGGAGUCAGAGCAGUCCGCUCCACCGGGGUCCAGUUCAGCUCCGGUCAGCGGAUCCACUCCGGAGCCAGAGCAGUCCGCUCCACCGGUGCCCAGUCCAGCUCCAGUCAGCGGCUCCACUCCGGAGCCAGAUUAGUCCGCUCCACCGGUGCCUAGUUCAGCUCCGGUCAGCGGCUCCAUUCCAGUUCCAGGGCAAUCCGCUCUACUGGUGCCUAGUCCAUCCCCGGUCGGCUGCUCCAGUCCAGUGCCAGAGCAGUCCGCUCCACCGGGGUCCAGUUCAGCUCCGGUCAGCUGUUCCACUCUGGAGCCAGAGCAGUCCGCUCCACCGGUGCCUAGUCCAGCUCCGGUCAGCGGAUCCACUCCGGAGCCAGAGCAGUCCGCUCCACCGGUGCCCAGUCCAGCUCCGGUCAGCGGAUCCACUACGGAGCCAGAGCAGUCCGCUCCACCGGUCCCUAGUCCAGCUCCGGUCAGCGGCUCCACUCCGGAGCCAGAGAGGGAGAGGUCGUCACGCCCGGAGCCGGAUCCGCCUCCGAGGACGAAGGCCCACCCGGACCCUCCCCUAAUUAGUCAGGUUGGUGCGGCCGGAGUACGCACCUUUGGGGGGGGGGGGGUACUGUCACGCCCUGAUCGAGAGAACUCUUGUUGGUUGGGUCAGGGUGUGAGUUUUCUGUUGAGAUCUAUGUUAGUGUAUUUCUAUGUUGUAGAUCUAGGUUGUAUUUCUAUGUUUGGCCGGGUGUGAUUCCCAAUCAGAGGCAGCUGUCACUCGUUGUCUCUGAUUGGGGAUCAUACUUAGGUAGCCAUGUUGCCUACCUUAGUUGUGGUAUCUUGUUCCGUUUAGGCUUGUAUGUGUAUAGCCGGAGGACUUCACGUUACGUUGUUUCUUGUUUUGUUGUAUGUUUAUUUAGUAAAUAAACAUGAACGCUUUUCACGCUGCACCUUGGUCUGACCUGUCUCUCAACGAUCGUGACACUGGGUCCACAUUAACUCAAAACAGUUAUUUACCCAGUCAGAUAUAGUCUAGUGGCAAGAUGAAUUUAGUCAAUAAAUUGUAAUGUUAGCAGGACCACAUUCAGUAGGCUACUGGUAAUGUUAGCAGGGACACGUUUUCUUUUCAGGACAACCAGGGCUACAAGUAGAAACAGUUUGACAAUAUCAGUUGCAUUUAUGAGUUUUAUUGACAAGUGGCAAUAAAAAAAUAAGCUCUGCCAAAGCAAAAACCUGACCAAAAUGAAUUCAAGUACAGAAAUUGUUUGCUCAGUGGGAAAUGAAUAUCCAACUAGUCAGUGACAACUGUGUGGAGUUUUUGAAAGCAACUGUAUUUUUUUGUAGCCAUCUAUUUGCCAACACAAACUGAUGCUGGCACUAAGACCGCACUAAAUGAGCUGCAUAAGGCCAUAAGCAAACAAGAAAAUGCACAUCCAGAAGCGGUAUUCCUAGUGGCCGGGGACUUUAAUGCAGGCAAACUUAAAUCCGUUUUACCUAAUAUAUACCAGCAUGUCACGUGCAACCAGAGGAAAAAAAACUCUAGACCACCUUUACUCCACACACAGAGACACAUACUAAGUUCUCUCUCGCCCUCCAUUUGGCAAAUCUGACCAUAAUUCUAUCCUCCGGAUUCCUGCUUAUAAGCAAAAACUAAAGCAGGAAGUACCAGUGACUCGCUAAAUACGGAAGUGGUCAGAUGAUGCGGAUGCUACGCUACAGGAUUGUUUUGAAAGCACAGACUGGAAUAGGUUCCGGGAUUCAUCCAAUGGCAUUGAGGAGUAUGCCACCUCGGUCAUCGGCUUCAUCAAUAAGUGCAUCAACGACGUCGUCCCCACAGUGACCGUACAUGUCCCAACAAGAAGCCAUGGAUUACAGGCAACAUCCGCACCGAGCUGAAGGCUAGAGCUGCCGCUUUCAAGGAGUGGGACACUAAUCCGGACGCUUAUAAGAAAUCCCUUUAUGCCCUCAGACGAACAAUCAAACAGGCAAUGCAUCAAUACAGGAUUAAGAUUGAAUCCUACUACACCGGCUCUGACGUUCAUCAGAUGUGGCAGGGGUUGAAAACUAUUACGGACUCCAAAGGGAAACCCAGCCGCGAGCUGCCCAGUGGCGCAUGCCUACCAGACGAGCUAAAUGCCUUUUAGGCUCGCUUCGAGGCAAUCAACACUGAAGCAUGCAUGAGAGCACCAGCUCUUCCGGACGACUGUGUGAUCAACACCAUAGUGCCCACAAAGCUCAUCACUAAGCUAAGGACCCUGGGACUAAACACCUCCUUCUGCAACUGGAUCCUGGACUUCCUGAUGGGCCACCCCCAGGUGGUAAGGGUAGGCAACAACACAUCUGCCACGCUGAUCCUUAACACGGGGGCCCCUCAGGGGUGCAUGCUUAGUCCCCUCCUGUACUCCCUGUUAACCCACGACUGUUUUGCCAAGCACGACUCCAACACCAUCAUUAAGGUUGCUGAUGACACAACAGUGGUAGGCUGAUCACCGACAACGAUGAGACAGCCUAUAGUGUAGGAGGUCAGAGACCUGGCUGUGUAGUGCUAGGACAACAACCUCUCCCUCAAUGUGUGCAAGACAAAGGAGAUGAUCGUGGACUACAGGAAAAGGAAUGGGCCAAACACGCCCCAUUCACAUCAACAGGGCUGUAGUGGAGCGGGUCGAGACAUUCAGGUUACUUGGUGUCCACAUCACGAACAAACUAUCAUGGUCCAAACACACCAAGGCAGUCGUGAAGAGGGCACAACAACACCUUUUCCCCCUCAAGAGACUGAAAAGAUCCUCAAAAAGUUAUACAGCUGCACCAUCGAGAGCAUCCUGACCGAUUGCAUCACCGCCUGGUAUGGCAACUGCUCGGUAUCCGACCAUAAGGUGCUACAGAGGGUAGUGCGUACGGCCCAGUACAUCACUGGGGCCAAGCUUCCUGCCAUCCAGGACCUAUAUACUAGGCGGUGUCAGAGGAAGGCCCAGAAAAUUGUCAAAGACUCCAAUCACCCAAGUAAUUUACUGUUCUCUCUGCUACCGCACGGCAAGCGGUACCGGAGUGCCAUGUCUAGGUCCAAAAGGCUCUUUAACAGCUUCUACCCCUAAGCCAUAAGACUGCUGAAAAAGUUUUUACACUGCUGCUACUCGCUGUUUAUUAUCUAUGCAUUGUCACUUUACCCCUACCUACAUUUACAAAUUACCUGUAUCCCCGCACAUUGACUUGGUACCGGUACCCCUGUAUAUAGCCUAGGUAUUGUUAAAUUAUUGUGUUACUUUUUAUAUAAUUUUUUACUUUAGUUGAUUUAGUAAAUAUUUUCUUAACUCUAUUUCUUGAACUGCAUUGUUGGUGAAGGGCUUGUAAGUAAGCAUUUCACGGUAAGGUCUACACCUGUUGUAUUCGGUGGAUGUGACAAAUACAAUUUGAUUUGAUUUGAUGUGAACUUAUUAAACUAUUAUAAAUCAAAUAAAAUCUAAUGUUAUUUGCCACGUGUGCUGAAUACAACAGGUGUAGACCUUACAAUUGCUGAUGCUCCAGAUACUCAACUAGUCUCAAGAAGGCCAGUUUUAUUGCUUCUUUAAUCAGCACAACAGUUUUCAGAUGUGCUAACAUAAUUGCAAAAGGGUUUUCUAAUGAUCAAUUAGCCUUUUAAAAUGAUAAACUUGGAUUAGCAAACACAACAUGCCAUUGGAACACAGGACUGAUGGUUGCUGAUAAUGGGUCACUGUACGCCUAUGUAGAUAUUCCAUAAAAAAUCAGCCGUUUACAGCUACAAUAGCCAUUUACAACAUUAACAAUGUCUACACUGUAUUUCUGAUCAAUUUCAUGUUAUUUUAAUGGACAAAAAUAAGGACAUUUCUAAAUGACCCCAAACUUUUGAACAGUAGUGUAUAUAUAUAUACAGUGGGGAAAAAAAGUAUUUAGUCAGCCACCAAUUGUGCAAGUUUUCCCACUUAAAAAGAUGAGAGAGGCCUGUAAUUUUCAUCAUAGGUACACGUCAAAUAUGACAGACAAAAUUAGAAAAAAAAUGCCAGAAAAUCACAUUGUAGGAUUUUUAAUGAAUUUAUUUGCAAAUUAUGGUGGAAAAUAAGUAUUUGGUCAAUAACAAAAGUUUCUCAAUACUUUGUUAUAUACCCUUUGUUGGCAAUGACACAGGUCAAACGUUUUCUGUAAGUCUUCACAAGGUUUUCACACACUGUUGCUGGUAUUUUGGCCCAUUCCUCCAUGCAGAUCUCCUCUAGAGCAGUGUCGCUGGGCAACACAGACUUUCAACUCCCUCCAAAGAUUUUCUAUUGGGUUGAGAUCUGGAGACUGGCUAGGCCACUCCAGGACCUUGAAAUGCUUCUUACGAAGCCACUCUUUCGUUGCCCGGACGGUGUGUUUGGGAUCAUUGUCAUGCUGAAAGACCCAGCCAAGUUUCAUCUUCAAUGCCCUUGCUGAUGGAAGGAGGUUUUCUUUCAAAAUCUCACGAUACAUGGCCCCAUUCAUUCUUUCCUUUACACGGAUCAGUCGUCCUGGUCCCUUUGCAGAAAAACAGCCCCAAAGCAUGAUGUUUCCACCCCCAUGCUUCACAGUAGGUAUGGUGUUCUUUGGAUGCAACUCAGCAUUCUCUGUCCUCCAAACACGACGAGUUGAAUUUUUACCAAAAAGUUAUAUUUUGGUUUCAUCUGACCAUAUGACAUUCUCCCAAUCCUCUUCUGGAUCAUUCAAAUGCACUCUAGCAAACUUCAGACGGGCCUGGACAUGUACUGGCUUAAGCAGGGGGACACGUCUGGCACUACGUCUGGCGGCGUAGUGUGUUACUUAUGGUAGGCUUUGUUACUUUGGUCCCAGCUCUCUGCAGGUCAUUCACUAGGUCCCCCCGUGUGGUUCUGGGAUUUUUGCUCACCGUUCUUGUGAUCAUUUUGACCCCACAGGCUGAGAUCUUGAGUGGAGCCCCAGAUCAAGGGAGAUUAUCAGUGGUCUUGUAAUAAUAAUAAUAAUAAUAAUAUGCCAUUUAGCAGACGCUUUUAUCCAAAGCGACUUACAGUCAUGCGUGCAUACAUUUUUUUUUGUAUGUCUUCCAUUUCCUAAUAAUUGCUCCCACAGUUGAUUUCUUCAAACCAAGCUACUUACCUAUUGCAGAUUCAGUCUUCCCAGCCUGGUGCAGGUCUACAAUUUUGUUUCUGGUGUCCUUUGACAGCUCUUUGUUCUUGGCCAUAGUGGAGUUUGGAGUGUGACUGUUUGAGGUUGUGGACAGGUGUCUUUUAUACUGAUAACAAGUUCAAACAGGUGCCAUUAAUACAGGUACCGAGUGGAGGACAGAGGAGCCUCUUAAAGAAGAAGUUACAGGUCUGUGAGAGCCAGAAAUCUUGCUUGUUUGUAGGUGACCAAAUACUUAUUUUCCACAAUAAUUUGCAAAUAAAUUCAUAAAAAAUCCUACAAUGUGAUUUUCUGGAUUUUUUUUCCUCAAUUUGUCUGUCAUAGUUGACGUGUACCUAUGAUGAAAAUUACAGGCCUCUCUCAUCUUUUUAAGUGGGAGAACUUGCACAAUUGGUGGCUGACUAAAUACUUUUUUCCCCCACUGUAUGUAUUAUUUUCUGAUCUUUUUGAUAUCUCUAAGAUAUAGGAUAGACACUUCAAAACAAACUUCCUUUCGAUUAUUUUUUGGGUACUAUCUGUUCAAUGUAGUGAAUAUGUUAUUAAAUGCUUUGAAUGGGCUAAUUGCAGUAAUGCCGAAUAAAAUUGUUCAUCAAAUUUUCAAUUGGUCAAAUCACUGGCGGCAGGGUGGCUUUUUCAGCCCAUUACUAGCUUUAAUGAAGACUUUCAGUGAGCCGCAGGAUUGGAUAAGCUCUGUGUUUAUAAUGUAUAAACAUUGGGGGGGGGGGGGGGGGGGGGGGGGGGGGAGUACUUGGUUAAUAUAACAGGACUAUAAUGUUAGAGAUGUAACAUGAACAGUAACAGAAAAUAACAGAAUAACAACAAAUUAUAUAUAUACAUGCCAUUUCGCAGACGCUUUUAUCCAACGCGAUUUACAGUCAUGCGUGCCUAUAUUAGAAGGCGUAGAAAUUGAAGUAGAAAGAUUGCCAUUAUCCAUACUCUCCAAUCACUUCCUCUCUCUACAUCCUUUCCUUCAUAUCGGGUGCUGUAGGUGUCGAGCAGGGCAGGUAGUUUGCCCACGGUGAUGCGUUGGGCAGACCGCACCACCCUCUGGAGAGCCCUGCGGUUGUGGGCGGUGCAGUUGCCAUACCAGGCGGUGAUAAAGCCCGACAGGAUCCUCUCAAUUGCGCAUCUGUAAACGUUUGUGAGGGUUUUAGGUGCCAAGCCAAAUUUCAUCAGCCUCAUGAGGUUGAAGAGGUGCUGUUGUGCCUUCUUCACUACACUGUCUAUGUGGGUGGAUCAUCUCAGAUCAUCAGUGAUGUGCACGCCGAGGAACUUGAAGCUUUCCACCUACUCCACAGCGGUCCCGUCGAUGUGGAUAGGGGCGUGCUCUCUCUGCUGUUUCUUGGUCCACGAUGAGCUCCUUUGUUUUGUCGACAUUGAGGGAGAGGUUAUUUUCCUGGCACCACACUCCCAGGGCCUUCAGCUCCUCUUUGUAGGCUUUCUCGUCAUUGUUGGUAAUCAGGCCUACUACUGUUGUGUCGUCUGCCACGCACACCUCCAACUGAGGCACGGACCCUUGUGGGGCCCCUGUGUUGAGGAUCAACGAAGUGGAGAUGUUGUUUCCUACCUUCACCACCUGGGGGCGGCCCGUCAGGAAGUCCAGUUGCACAGGAUAGGGUUCAGACCCAGGGUGAUGAGCUUGGAGGGUACUAUGGUGUUGAAUGCUGAGCUAUAGUAAAUGAACAGCAUUCUUACAUAGGUAUUCCUCUUGUCCAGAUGGGAUAGGGCAGUGUGCAGUGCGAUGGCGAUUGCAUCAUCUGUGGAUCUAUUGGGGCGGUAAGCAAAUUGAAGUGGGUCUAGGGUGUCAGGUAAGGUAGAGGUGAUAUGAUCCUUAACUAGCCUCUCAAAGAACUUCAUGAUGACAGAAGUGGGUGCUACUGGGCGAUAGUCAUUUAGUUCAGUUACCUUUGCUUUCUUGGGUACAGGAACAAUGGUGGACAUCUUGAAGCAAGUGGGGACAGCAGACUGGGAUAGGGAGAGAUUGAAUAUGUCCGUAAACACUCCAGCCAGCUUGUCUGCGCAUGCUCUGAGGACGCGGCUAGGGAUGCCGUCUGGGCCGGCAGCCUUGCAAGGGUUAACACGCUUAAAUGUCUUACUCACGUCGGUCAAGGAGAAGGAGAGCCCACAGUCCUUGGUGGCGGGCUGCAUCUGUGGCACUGUGUUAUCCUCAAAGCGGGCGAAGAAGGUGUUUAGCUUGUCCGGAAGCAAGAUGUCAGUGUCCGCGACGUGGCUGGUUUUCCUUUUAUAGUCCUUGAUUCUAUGUAGACACUGCCACAUACGUCUCAUGUCUGAGCCGUUGAAUUGCAACUCCACUUUGUCUCUAUACUGAGGUUUUGCCUGUUUGAUUGCCUUAUGGAGCGAAUAAAUACACUGUUUGUAUUCGGCCAUAUUUCCAGUCACCUUGCCAUGGUUAAAUGCGGUGGUUCGCGCUUUCAGUUUUGCGCGAAUGCUGUCAUCUAUCCACGGUUUCUGGUUAAGGUAGGUUUAAAUAAUCACAGUGGGUACAACAUCUCCUAUACACAUCCUAAUAAACUCAGUCAUCAUAUCUGUGUAUUCGUGAUCAUAUCCCAGUCCGCGUGGAUCAAAACAAUCUUGAAGCGUGGAUUCCGAUUGGUCAGACCAGCGUUGAAUAGUCCUUAGCACGGGUACUUCCUGUUCGAGUUUCUGCCUAUAGGAAGGGAGGAGCAAAAUGGAGUUGUGAUCAGAUUUGCCGAAGGGAGGGCGGGGGAGGGCCUUGUAGGCAUCCCGGAAGUUGGAGUAGCAGUGGUAGAGUGUUUUAGCAGCGCGAGGACUACAUUCAAUGUGUUGAUAGAACUUCGGUAACGUUUUCCUCAAAUUUACUUUGAUAAAUUCUCCAGCUACAAUAAAUGCGGCAUAAAGUCCAGUGAAGUUAUUUGAGGGCCGUCGUGGUAUCGGCUUAAGGGGGGAAUAUACAUGGCUGUGACUAUAACCGAAGAGAAUUCUCUUGGGAGGUAAUAUGCCGGCAAUUGAUUGUGAGGUAUACUAGUUCGGGUGAACAAAAGGACUUGGGUUCCUGUAUGUUAUCACAAUCACACCAUGAGUGGUUAAUCAUGAAAAAAACACCCCCGCCUUUCUUCUUCCCGGAGAGUAUUUCAUUUCUGUCUGUGCGAUAUACUGAGAACCCAGCUGGCUGUAUGGACAAAGACAGUAUAUUCCGAUAAGGUUAUCCAAGCAAUAAUAAUAACCCUUGAGCAUUAAAACUAAAAACAAAACUAAGUACAGAAAAAUGAAACCUGGUCCGAAGAUUCAAGUGUGAGACCCGCCUACACUCAAUAAAUACCCUUUGCUGUAUGUCUGGAAUUAAAUAUUUAAUUUCGUUAUAGCUAGCCCUUUUUCUUUUAUUCCAGGCUUUAUCUAAAAAAAAUCAGCAAACGGAAAUACACAGUGAACAAAAAAAUAUUUAACUUUCUCCUCAUGGCUCAGCCACAUAAUGCCAGAGUAUACCUGGUGGGCUUUGUGUAUGUCUUGCCUGUGGAAGAUAACCUGCCACCAUGUCUAUCAUAUGAACACAUUGCAGUGACAUGUCUGUCUGUCUGUCCCUCAGGGGUCUGUAGCUCUGUCAGUUAGUAUCAGCCUGACAGUCACUUACUGGGAUGUUAAACCUCUCUGAUCUCUCGUCACACUCAACCAGAGACAUGCUAUCAGGAGGUGUUUCCUUGAUCUCUCGUCACACUCAACCAGAGACAUGCUAUCAGGAGGUGUUUCCUUGAUCUCUCAUCACACUCAACCAGAGAUAUGCUAUCAGGAGGUGUUUCCUUGAUCUCUCGUCACACUCAACCAGAGACAUGCUAUCAGGAGGUGUUUCCUCUCCAAGUGUAUUCUGCUAGUUGUCCUUCUCUCUCUUUCUCUUUAUAUAUCUCUCUAUUUUGAUCUCUAUCUCUCUCUAAUUCUCUUUCACUUCCUCUCUUCCUUUGUCUUGCUCUAACACUUUCUCUUUUUCACUCUCUUUCCCAUCAAACUCUUGCACUUUCUCUCUCCAUCUCUCUACCUCUUCCUCAAUAUUCCACCCCCCUCUUCCCCCCUCUCCUCCCUCUUCCCCCUCUUUCUCUCUCUCCUCUCUCCUCCCUCUCUCUCUCCUCUCUCUCUCUCUCUCUCUCUCUCUCUCUCUCUCUCUCUCUCUCUCUCUCUCUCUCUCUCUCUCUCUCUCUCUCCCUGGUUCUGUCUUCAUUGUACCCUGAGGUGUCUCCCGUCUCCUCUCCUCAUCCAUCCUAUUGUACUUGGUAUGAUGGGUAUAAAUGUAGCUUUUGGAAGAGCCUGGCGUGGAGGAGGACGAGAAGCAUCUAAUUGUACAUAAUAACGUAUUGAUCAGGAUGUAAUUGUAGAGUUUGUCAGCAGUUGCUUUGCCCCUGUGUUGAGGGAGGGUGUGUGUGUGUGUGUGUGUGUGUGUGUGUGUGUGUGUGUGUGUGUGUGAUUCCCGGGUGGAGUUUUUACAGCUGUGAGGACUAAAUGAGUGUUUGUGGCUACUGGCUGGAUGCCGGGAAGCGAUAGAUAUACAGAGAAAGAGAAAGAGGAGGAGAGAGAGAGCGAGAGAGCAGAGUGGUGAUAGUGCAGUGGAUGUAGGGUAUCACCUUGUCUUCCUCUGUAAAGCCGGCUCUGCCAGAGCAGCUGUUUCACGGCCGAUUUAACGCAAUUUCCAUGCAGCGCUUUCUCCCUCUCAUCUCUACGGUGAGGAGACAGGUAUAGGAGCAGGAUGGGAUAUAGUAGCGUGGGUGUGUGUGUUCCAUCUUGAGCCAUCAUCUGUGUGUAAAUGAGUACAGUUGGAUGCUCUGUAGGGGAGACCACAGCAUGCUGAAGACAUGUGUUAUGUGCGUGAGAGAAAAGACAGAGAGGGGUCCACCACUUCCUGUUAGUGCUGUGAAGGAGGUGAUGCCGAUACUCACGGCUGCCUGUUCUUUAUUCUCACACUCCUGGGGAAGAGAUGAGGUUAGGUUUCAAAUGUACUGCUCUUAUAAUAGAAGCACUUUCAGUUAAUAUUGAACAGAACAGCGCCGGAGAAGAUGGCUGCCGUUUUACAGCCCUCUAACCAUUUGUACUAUUAUGUGUGUUUUUCCACGUUAUUUGUAAUUGAUUUUGUACAUAAUGUUUCUGCCAUCGUCUCUUAUAACCAAAAAGAGCUUCUGGAUAUCAGGACAGCGAUUACUCACCUCGUAUUGGACGAAUAUUUUUUCUUCAACGAGGCGGCCGCGAAGGAUAUCAUACAGACACCCGACAAGGCCCAAAUCCCCGUCAUUCGCGUGAGGAAGAGACAGAGAUAUCUGCACGUGUUAGUACCUGCAGCACUAACACGUGCUGCCAUUUCCUUUCCAUUUCAUUCAUUGAAUGUUGAAGCUGUGCAGUGUGUAGUGUUGUACCCCGUGGCAUUCUGGGUGAUUCUGGGAAAAAGCGCGCUCUCCUCCAAGGAGUGAAUGUCCCGAGACAGAAGAGUCAUUUUCCUGUGCGUUUUUGCUGCCAACUUUACUUUAUUUUCCUAUUCAACUUUUUCACUCCGGACGCUUUAUCUGGACAUGGUUCGUCAACAUCUUCAACAGCCGAAGCUAAGUAGUAACAUUAACAUGAUGUCUUCUAAUUGCAGUCGCUGUACUCAUAAUAUACAGGAGAACGAUCGCCUUACGGCGAGAAUAGCUGUGCUACAAGCCCAGCUUCAGACGCAAUCGUUAGGCAAGGGUAAUUUCAGUGUAGGAAAGGAAGAAACAGCGUCUGUGCCACCAGUAAGUACAGAUAGUAACGUUAGUAUAAAUCCCCCCGCACAGUCCCCGCAGCCGGACAACUUUCUCAUGGCUUCUGGAGGGAAAUACUGUUGGAAUGCUCAACCGGUGUCGCUCAUUCAGCCGACAGAAACUUUCAACCGGUUUUCCCCAUUAUGUAGCGAGUCGGAGUCUGAGUCUGAGUCUUCUCUUGUCUCUACUCCUCCCGUUACGGGGUCUGAGACGCCGAAGGCUCCCACCAUUAGCUCUGACAAAUUGAAAACCCUAGUCAUUGGCGACUCCAUUACCCGCAGUAUUAGACUUAAAACGAAUCACCCAGCGAUCAUACACUGUUUACCAGGGGGCAGGGCUACCGACGUUAAGGCUAAUCUAAAGAUGGUGCUGGCUAAAGCUAAAACUGGCGAGUGUAGAGAGUAUAGAGAUAUUGUUAUCCACGUCGGCACCAACGAUGUUAGGAUGAAACAGUCAGAGGUCACCAAGUGCAACAUAGCUUCAGCGUGUAAAUCAGCUAGAAAGAUGUGUCGGCAUCGAGUAAUUGUCUCUGGCCCCCUCCCAGUUAGGGGGAGUGACGAGCUCUACAGCAGAGUCUCAGCACUCAAUCGCUGGUUGAAAACUGUUUUCUGCCCCUCCCAAAAGAUAGAAUUUGUAGAUAAUUGGCCCUCUUUCUGGGACUCACCCACAAACAGGACCAAGCCUGACCUGCUGAGGAGUGGCGGACUCCAUCCUAGCUGGAGGGGUGCUCUCAUCUUAUCUACCAACAUAGAUAGGGCUCUAACUCCUCUAGCCCCACAGUGAAAUAGGGUGCAGGCCAGGCAGCAGGCUGUUAGCCAACCUGCCAGCUUAGUGGAGUCUGCCAAUAGCACAGUCAGUGUAGUCAGCUCAGCCAUACCCAUUGAGACUGUGUCUGUGCCUCGACCUAGGUUGGGCAAAACUAAACAUGGCGGUGUUCGCCUUAGCAAUCUUAUUAGGAUAAAGACCUCCUCCAUUCCUGCCAUUAUUGAAAGAGAUCGUGAUACCUCACAUCUCAAAAUAGGGUUACUUAAUGUUAGAUCCCUCACUUCAAAGGCAGUCAUAGUCAAUGAACUAAUCACUGAUCAUAAUCUUGAUGUGAUUGGCCUGACUGAAACAUGGCUUAAGCCUGAUGAAUUUGCUGUGUUAAAUGAGGCCUCACCUCCUGGUUACACUAGUGACCAUAUUCCCCGUGCAUCCCGCAAAGGCGGAGGUGUUGCUAACAUUUACGAUAGCAAAUUUCAAUUUACAAAAAAAAAAAUGGCGUUUUCGUCUUUUGAGCUUCUAGUCAUGAAAUCUAUGCAGCCUACUCAAUCACUUUUUAUAGCUACUGUUUACAGGCCUCCUGGGCCAUAUACAGCGUUCCUCUCUGAGUUUCCUGAAUUCCUAUCAGACCUUGUAGUCAUAGCAGAUCAUAUUCUAAUUUUUGGUGAUUUUAAUAUUCACAUGGAGAAGUCCACAGACCCACUCCAAAAGUCUUUCGGAGCCAUCAUCGACUCAGUGGGUUUUGUCCAACAUGUCUCUGGACCUACUCACUGCCACAGUCAUACUCUGGACCUAGUUUUGUCCCAUGGAAUAAAUGUUGUAGAUCUUAAUGUUUUUCCACAAAAUCCUGGACUAUCGGACCACCAUUUUAUUACGUUUGCAAUCGCAACAAAUAAUCUGCUCAGACCCCAACCAAGGAGCAUCAAAAGUCGUGCUAUAAAUUCUCAGACAACACAAAAAUUCCUUGAUGCCCUUCCAGACUCCUUCUGCCUACCCAAGGACGUCAGAGGACAAAAAUCAGUUAACCACUUAACUGAGGAACUCAAUUUAACCUUGCGCAAUACCCUAGAUGCAGUUGCACCCCUAAAAACGAAAAACAUUUUUGUCAUAAGAAACUAGCUCCCUGGUAUACAGAAAAUACCCGAGCUUUGAAGCAAGCUUCCAGGAAAUUGGAACGGAAAUGGCGCCACACCAAACUGGAAGUCUUCCGACUAGCUUGGAAAGACAGUACCGUGCAGUACCGAAGAGCCCUCACUGCUGCUCGAUCAUCCUACUUUUCCAACUUAAUCGAGGAAAAUAAGAACAAUCCAAAAUUUCUUUUUGAUACUGUUGCAAAGCUAACUAAAAAGCAGCAUUCCCCAAGAGAGGAUGGCUUUCACUUCAGCAGUAAUAAAUUCAUGAACUUCUUUGAGGAAAAGAUCAUGACCAUUAGAAAGCAAAUUACGGACUCCUCUUUGAAUCUGCGUAUUCCUCCAGGGCUUAGCUGUCCUGGAUCUGCACAGCUCUGCGAGGGCCUGGGAUCGGGAGAGACACUUAAGUGUUUUAGUACUAUAUCUCUUGACACAAUGAUGAAAAUAAUCAUGGCCUCUAAACCUUCAAGCUGCAUACUGGAUCCUAUUCCUACUAAACUGCUGAAGGAGCUGCUUCCUGUGCUUGGCCCUCCUAUGUUGAACAUAAUAAACAGCUCUCUAUCCACCGGAUGUGUACCAAACUCACUAAAAGUGGCAGUGAUAAAGCCUCUCUUGAAAAAGCCAAACCUUGACCCGGAAAAUAUAAAAAACUAUCGGCCUAUAUCGAAUCUUCCAUUCCUCUCAAAAUUUUUAGAAAAAGCUGUUGCGCAGCAACUCACUGCCUUUCUGAAGACAAACAAUGUAUACGAAAUGCUUCAGUCUGGUUUUAGACCCCAUCAUAGCACUGAGACUGCACUUGUGAAGGUGGUAAAUGACCUUUUAAUGGCGUCAGACCGAGGCUCUGCAUCUGUCCUCGUGCUACUAGACCUUAGUGCUGCCUUUGACACCAUCGAUCACCACAUUCUUUUGGAGAGACUGGAAACCCAAAUUGGUCUACACGGACAAGUUCUGGCCUGGUUUAGAUCUUACCUGUCGGAAAGAUAUCAGUUUGUCUCUGUGAAUGGUCUGUCCUCCGACAAAUCAACUGUACAUUUCGGUGUUCCUCAAGGUUCCGUUUUAGGACCACUAUUGUUUUCACUAUAUAUUUUACCUCUUGGGGAUGUUAUUCGAAAACAUAAUGUUAACUUUCACUGCUAUGCGGAUGACACACAGCUGUACAUUUCAAUGAAACAUGGUGAAGCCCCAAAAUUGCCCUCGCUAGAAGCCUGUGUUUCAGACAUAAGGAAGUGGAUGGCUGAAAACUUUCUACUUUUAAACUCGGACAAAACAGAGAUGCUUGUUCUAGGUCCCAAGAAACAAAGAGAUCUUCUGUUAAAUCUGACAAUUCAUCUUGAUGGUUGUAAAGUCAUCUCAAAUAAAACUGUGAAGGACCUCGGCGUUACUCUUGACCCUGAUCUCUCUUUUGACUAACAUAUCAAGACUGUUUCAAGGACAGCUUUUUUCCAUCUACGUAACAUUGCAAAAAUCAGAAAUUUUCUGUCCAAAAAUGAUGCAGAAAAAUUAAUCCAUGCAUUUGUUACUUCUAGGUUAGACUACUGCAAUGCUCUACUUUCCGGCUACCCGGAUAAAGCACUAAAUAAACUUCAGUUAGUGCUAAAUACGGCUGCUAGAAUCCUGACUAGAACCAAGAAAUUUGAUCAUAUUACUCCAGUGCUAGCUUCCCUACACUGGCUUCCUGUUAAGGCAAGGGCUGAUUUCAAGGUUUUACUGUUAACCUAUAAAGCGUUACAUGGGCUUGCUCCUACCUAUCUUUCCGAGUUGGUCCUGCCGUACAUACCAAUACGUACGCUACGGUCACAAGACGCAGGCCUCCUAAUUGUCCCUAGAAUUUCUAAGCAAACAGCGGGAGGCAGGGCUUUCUCCUAUAGAUCUCCAUUUUUAUGGAACAGUCUGCCUACCCAUGUGAGAGACGCAGACUCGGUCUCAACCUUUAAGUCUUUACUGAAGACUUAUCUCUUCAGUAGGUCAUAUGAUUGAGUGUAGUCUGGCCCAGGAGUGUGAAGGUGAACGGAAAGGCUCUGGAGCAACGAACAGCCCUUGCUGUCUCUGCCAGGCCGGUUCCCCUCUCUCCACUGGGGUUCUCUGCCUCUAACCCUGUUACAGGGGCUGAGUCACUGGCUUGCUGGUGCUCUUUCAUGCCGUCCCUAGGAGGGGUGCGUCACUUGAGUGGGUUGAGUUACUGACGUGAUCUUCCUGUCUGGGUUGGCGCCCCCCCUUGGUUUGUGCUGUGGUGGAGACCUCUGUGGGCUAUACUCGGCCUUGUCUCAGGAUUGUAAGUUGGUGGUUGAGGAUAUCCCUCUAGUGGUGCGGGGGCUGUGCUUUGGCAGAGUGGGUGGGGUUAUAUCCUUCCUGUUUGGCCCUGUCCGGGGGUUUCUUCGGAUGGGGCCACAGUGUCUCCGGACCGCUCCUGUCUCAGCCUCCAGUAUUUAUGCUGCAGUAGUUUAUGUGUCGGGGGGCUGGGGUUAGUUGGUUAUACCUGGAGUACUUCUCCUGUCUUAUCCAGUGUCCUGUGUGAAUUUAAGUAUGCUCUCUCUAAUUCUUUCGUUCUCUCUUUCUCUCUGAGAACCUGAGCCCUAGGACCAUACGUCAGGACUACCGGGCAUGCUGACACCUUGCUGUCCCCAGUCCGCCUGGCCUUGCUGCUAUUCCAGUUUCAACUGUUCUGCCUGCGGUUACGAAACCCCUACCUGUCCCAGACCUGCUGUUUUCAACUCUUAAUGAUCGGCUAUGAAAAGCCAACUGAGAGACCUGAGCCCUAGGACCAUACGUCGGGACUACCGGCCGUGGUGACUCCUUGCUGUCCCCAGUCCGCCUGGCCUUGCUGCUAUUCCAGUUUCAACUGUUCUGCCUGCGGUUAUGGAACCCCUACCUGUCCCAGACCUGCUGUUUUCAACUCUUAAUGAUCGGCUAUGAAAAGCCAACUGAGAUUUAUUCCUGAUUAUUAUUUGACCAUGCUUGUCACUUAUGAACAUUUUUGAACAUCUUGGCAUGGUUCUGUUAUAAUCUCCACCCGGCACAGCCAGAAGAGGACUGGCCACCCCUCAUAGCCUGGUUCCUCUCUAGGUUUCUUCCUAGGUUUUGGCCUUUCUAGGGAGUUUUUCCUAGCCACCGUGCUUCUACACCUGCAUUACUAGCUGUUUGGGGUUUUAGGCUGGGUUUCUGUACAGCACUUCGAGAUAUUAGCUGAUGUACGAAGGGCUAUAUAAAAUAAAAUUGAUUGAUUGAUUGAUUGGACGUAGAUCGGGGUGCCUUGUAAGGAUCCGACGGCGAGCGAGUAAACUGCCUCUUCCAUCAAUCCUAUUAGCCAAUCUUCAAUCAUUGGAUAACAAAUUGGAUGACCUAAGAUUACGGUUAUCCUACCAACGGGACAUUAAAAACUGUAAUAACUUAUGUUUCACCGAGUCGUGGCUGAACGACGACAUGGAUAACAUACAGCUAGCGGGCUAUACGCUACAUCGGCAGGAUAGAACGGCUGACUCCGGUAAGACAAGGGGUGGCGGUCUGUGUAUAUUUGUAAACAACAGCUGGUGCACAAAAUCAAAUACUAAGGAAGUCUCGAGGUUUUGCUCGCCUGAGGUAGAGUAUCUUAUGAUAAGCUGUAGACCACACUAUUUACCAAGAGAGUUUUCAUCUAUAUUUUUCAUAGCUGUCUAUUUACCACCACAAACCAAUGCUGGCAUUAAGAUUGCACUGAAUGAGUUGUACAAGGCCAUAAAUCAACAGGAAAACGCUCAUCCAGAUGCAGUGCUCCUAGUGGCCGGGGACUUUAAUGCAGGGAAACUUAAAUCCGUUUUACCUAAUUUCUACCAGCAUGUUAAAUGUGCAACCAGAGGGAAAAAAACUCUAGACCACCUUUACUCCACACACAGAGACGCAUACAAAGCUCUCCCUUGCCCUCCAUUUGGCAAAUCUGACCAUAACUCUAUCCUCCUGAUUCCUGCUUAUAAGCAAAAACUAAAGCAGGAAGCACCAGUGACUCGGUUAAUAAAAAAGUGGUCAGAUGACGCAGAUGCUAAGCUACAGGACUGUUUUGCGAGCACAGACUGGAACAUGUUCCGGGAUUCUUCAGAUAGCAUUGAGGAGUACACCACAUCAGUCACUGGCUUCAUCAAUAAGUGCAUCGAUGAUGUCGUCCCCACAGUGACCGUACGUACAUACCCCAACCAGAAGCCAUGGAUUACAGGAAACAUCCGCACUGAGCUAAAGGGUAGAGCUGCCUAUAAGAAAUCCCGCUAUGCCCUCCGACGAACCAUCAAACAGGCAAAGAGUCAAUACAGGACUAAGAUUGAAUCGUACUACACUGGCUCUGACGCUCGACGGAUGUGGCAGGGCUUGAAAACUAUUACAGACUACAAAGGGAAGCACAGCCGCGAGCUGCCCAGUGACACAAGCCUACCAGACGAGCUAAACCACUUCUAUGCUCGCUUCGAGGCAAGCAACACUGAAGCAUGCAUGAGAGCACCAGCUGUUCCGGAUGACUAUGUGAUCACGCUCUCCGUAGCCGAUGUGAGUAAGACUUUUAAGCAGGUCAACAUUCACAAGGCCGCAGGGCCAGAUGGAUUACCAGGACGUGUACUCCGAGCAUGUGCUGACCAACUGGCAAGUGUCUUCACUGACAUUUUCAACAUGUCCCUGACUGAGUCUGUAAUACCAACAUGUUUCAAGCAGACCACCAUAGUCCCCGUGCCCAAGGACUCUAAGAUAACCUGCCUAAAUGACCACCGACCCGUAGCACUGACGUCUGUAGCCAUGAAGUGCUUUGAAAGGCUGGUCAUGGCUCACAUCAACAGCAUUAUCCCAGAAACCCUAGACCCACUCCAAUUUGCAUACCGCCCCAACAUAUCCACAGAUGAUGCAAUCUCUAUUGCACUCCACACUGCCCUUUCCCACCUGGACAAGAGGAACACCUACGUGAGAAUGCUAUUCAUUGACUACAGCUCAGCAUUCAACACCAUAGUGCCCUCUAAGCUAAGGAUCCUGGGACUAAACACCUCCCUCUGCAACUGGAUCCUGGACUUCCUGACGGGCCGCCCCCAGGUGGUAAGGGUAGGUAACAACACAUCUGCCACACUGAUCCUCAACACGGGGGCCCCUCAGGGGUGCGUGCUCAGUCCCCUCCUGUACUCUCUGUUCACCCAUGACUGCAUGGCAGGCACGACUCCAACACCAUCAUUAAGUUUGCCGACGACAAAACAGUGGUAGGCCUGAUCACCAACAACGAUGAGACAGCCUAUAGGGAGGAGGUCAGAGACCUGGCCGUGUGGUGCCAGGACAACAACCUCUCCCUCAACGUGACCAAGACAAAGGAGAUGAUUGUGGACUACAGGAAAAAAAGAGGACUGAGCACGCCCCCAUUCUCAUCGACGGGGCUGUAGUGGAACAGGUUGAGAGCUUCAAGUUCCUUGGUGUCCACAUCACCAACGAACUAUCAUGGUCCAAACACACCAAGACAGUCGUGAAGAGGGCACGACAAAGCCUAUUCCCCCUCAGGAGACUGAAAAGAUUUGGCAUGGGUCCUCAGAUCCUCAAAAAAUUCUACAGCUGCACCAUCGAGAGCAUCCUGACUGGUUGCAUCACCGCCUGGUAUGGCAACUGCUUGGCCUCCGACCGCAAGGCACUACAGAGGGUAGUGCGUACGGCCCAGUACAUCACUGGGGCCAAGCUUCCUGCCAUCCAGGACCUCUAUACCAGGCGGUGUCAGAGGAAGGCCCUCAAAAUUGUCAAAGACUCCAGGCACCCUAGUCAUAGACUGUUCUCUCUGCUACCGCACGGCAAGCGGUACCGGAGUGCCAAGUCUAGGUCCAAAAGACUUCUCAACAGCUUCUACCCCCAAGCCAUAAGACUCCUGAACAGCUAAUCAUGGCUACCCGGACUAUUUGCACUGCCCACCCACCCCAUCCUUUUUACGCUGCUGCUACUCUGUUAAUUAUUUAUGCAUAGUCACUUUAACUCUACCCACAUGUACAUAUUACUUCAAAUACCUCAACUAGCCGGCGCCCCCGCACAUUGACUCUGCACCGGUACCCCCCUGUAUAUAUAUCCUCCCUACUGUUAUUUUAUUUUACUUCUGCUCUUUUUUUCUCAACACUUUUUUUGUUGUUGUUUUAUUUUAACUUUUUUUUGUUAAAAAUAAAUGCACUGUUGGUUAAGGGCUGUAAGUAAGCAUUUCACUGUAAUGUCUGCACCUGUUGUAUUCGGCGCAUGUGACCAAAUAAAAUUUGAUUUGAUUUGAUUUGAUUUGUAUUGACAUUUCCAUAUGUAAGAUCAUCAUACAGAGAUGGUUGUCUAUGGAGAUGUGCUCUAGCUGAGAAGACAUUACCUCAUUGUGACUGUUAUUAUUAGAGUGAGUCUCUCCUGAAGAGAACGAUGAUUGGAAACUAGCAAUGGGGAAUAGCUUGGGGAGCUUGUGUGUCUGUGUGUGUGCGUGCGUGCGUGUGAAAAUCUCAUGCUGUUAUGAUGUAGAUUUCUCCACCCAAACAAGAUGUGUGACAGCAGAUGUUGUGUCUAACACAUUUCUAUCCUCUCUCUCUCUCUCUCUCUCUCUCUUUCUCUCUCCCUCUCUCCCUCUCCUCUCUCUCUCUCUCUCUCUCUCUCUCUCUCUCUCUCUCUCUCUCUCUCUCUCUCUCUCUCUCUCUCUCUCUCUCUCUCUCUCUCUCUCUCUCUCUCUCUCUCUCUCUCUCUCUCUUUCUCCUUCUGUCCCCCCCACCCCUUGCUCUCCCCCCCUGACAGAGGCGUCCAUCUUGAGUUAUGACGGCAGUAUGUACAUGAAGGUGGUGGUACCCCAGGUGAUGCACACAGAGGCGGAGGACGUGUCUCUGCGUUUCAUGUCCCAGCGGGCCUACGGCCUGCUCAUGGCCACCACCUCGCGGGACUCGGCCGACACGCUGCGUCUGGAGCUGGAUGGGGGCCGGGUCAAGCUCACGGUCAACCUAGGUAUCGUAUUCCACUACCGACUACACCACGUGGCUGUCUCUUUCUCUCUUCCAUCGCUGUCUCCAUCCCUCCAUUAUUAUCAUUUGCCUUUAUUCUUUUUUUUUCUUAGUUUAAUUUAUAGAAUAAAGGACAGCAAUAAUUUAAUUAAUAGUGAUAAACACAUGUUCUUAUUUUUAUUUGCAUGGACUUUAUUGUGAUCAAUAAGAUAUUGAUUGAAUAAGACUCUUCAUAGAAAUUACUCUACUUUUUAACAAAACUUUUUUUUGAGCAUUAUUUAAACUGCUUCAUUCUGAAAGUUCUUGUCAUUGAUAAACAUGCUGUCUGGCCCAUCUUUUGAACAGAUAAAACAUAGCCAUUUUCAUAGUCCUGUAAAAAAACAACUUUUGAGACAGUCACAGUAUCACUAGAUAUAAAAGUAUAUUUUCAUUUAUUGUCACACUAUUGCUAAACAGAACACUAUUGCUAUUAUAAUGUAAUACAUAUACUACGUAUUUUUUAGCAUUCUAAAGUGCUGUGACUUUCUAAGAGUUGACUUAAGCUGUCCGCAUGCUUCCCAGACGAAACAGUUCGGAAGAUUUUGUGCAUAUAUUAUGACAACAUUUUGUGACGUUUUUUUUGGGGGGGGGGGACUUCGGUAAAGGUUUUUUCGGUUUGGGCACACAACAUUUUUUCUUGAGGCAAGCUGAAGUUUGUAGCCGAAGUCUACGCCGCUUCAUCGGUGAUUGGUCAACAGUAGGGAUUCUUCAGUACAUUUUUUUUUUUUUUUUUUUACAUUUACGGCAUUUAGCAGACACUCUUAUCCAGAGCUACUUACAGUAGUGAGUGCAUACAUUUUCAUACUUUUUCAUACUAGUCCCCUGUGGGAAUCAAACCCACAACCCUGCCAUUGCAAGCGCCAUGCUCUACCAACUGAGCUUUGUUGUCAUUCAACGAGAGAUAACACGUUCUCAUGCACAUUUUGUCUUUGAGAAAUACUGCACCAAACAUCUUACUUGUAAAAUUACUAAGAACUAAGAUCUCUUCGGCAAAAAUGUCAAAAUUAAUGACCGAUUUUUUUUGUUAUCUUCGAUUAAUUCUGACUAUUUUGAGGAAGUGUAUACUGGCUACGGCAUCUCAAAAUGGACAAUCAGUACUAUUGGCGCUUUUUUUCUAGUUUUUCAAGCGAAUGUCUUUUAAGGGAGUAUGCGAGCACACUCGCUCCGUUUGGCUAGCCGCCAGCCGAACUGAAGCAUGCUGACACCUUUACUCCAACUCAUUCUCAGCUCAUCACCUAGAGGAAAUUGAGAAAGAAAAAUCUUUACUUUACAUUUUCCACUAACAUCAUCUUCUUGUCUUCAAGUUGUAACUUCCUGGCUUUUGAUUUUGGGUUUGUUCUCCUUCUCUCUGUUUAUGGUGUACGCAUACUAUAUACAACUCCAUUUCCCAUCAUGCUUUGUCAAAAGAUGGUAUUCACCCCUUCAAAGGCCUUAAGCCUGCGGCCCGUCAAGCGAACAGCCCGAGAACAGAGCCCAGCCAAACCUGCAGCUGGCUGCCUUCCUUCUCUCUUUUGACAAACACACCACUGUGUUACAUAAAGGAAAGAAGCACUAGUAUACAUAACCUAUAUUUACACAUUGUGUCGUUAAGAUUGAUUAAAUCUUUAUUAAAGCUGGGUAUUUGUCAUAAUAGUUUGUAGUCGUUAUUAUAAUAGGUACAGUAGUAUUGAUAUGCUAAUGUUAGUUACUGAAGUAGUUUAAUAAGUUGUAAUUCUACCUUUAUACAAAUAAUAAUAAUAAUAAUAAUAAUAAUAAUAUGCCAUUUGGCAGACGCUUUUAUCCAAAGCGACUUACAGUCAUGCGUGCAUAUUUUUUUUUUUGUGUAUGGGUGGUCCCGGGGAUCGAACCCACUACCUUGGCGUUACAAGCGCCGUGCUCUACCAGCUGAGCUACAGAUGCAAUGCAACUAUAAAAAUUGGCUACACAAAAGUACUCUACACAAUUAACUUGUUGUAUGAAGUACAACGUCAAUAACGAGCAUCACAUAUCCACAUUUAAGUGUUGAAGAGAUAGAUAUUCUUAAUGUGUUUAGCUAAACUCAUAUGAUACAUCAUUUUAUAGAAACAACAUAUAUUUCUACAGUCUAUCCUGGACUGUUAGAUACAAUGGUCUUGUGCCUCUGCAUGGUGCUGGCGCUGAUUGGAUCGCGGCUGUUCGCUCCCACUUUUCUGUUGCGGUUGACGACACAUGAACCCACCAGCCACAUGGUGACCAACCCAGAAUAUCUUUCGUAGGAUCCCAUAGGCCGUCUCAAAUUGUCCACCACAGAAACCUGUACAACAGGCAGGAAUCUGCUGUCAGUGAAGGAACUAGUCAAGUAUCUUUCACCAAUCAAUUCGCCUUUUGAUAUUCACUAUCUCAGAUUACAAAUACGAUUUUUAUUUGAUGUGUACGUUUAUUCCGGUGUCAAGUAUAAUAGCGUUGCACUGUGUUUCAAAGAUCCGUAGCUCCAAUAUGAAUAGCUCCACCUUCUUGCUAACAUCAGACAUAUGAUUUUAAUAGCCCGUUUAGUCAACAAGUUGGUGUGAAAGCUUUGGAGCUGUAGACUUUGAGCUUUAAAAAAAAAGGAAACUAUUCCAAAAUGAAAGUCUAUGCUGGGUUGAAGAAUCUAUGUGGUUGGUAAAAUAAAAAGCGGCCAUUUUCAAAAUGUAGACAGCCAGUGUCCUUGUUAUGCAGAUUUAAAUAAAUUACAUUUGCCCAUAUGUGUAUAAUCUAAGUGUUAUAGUAGUGGUCACAGAACUCAGUUAAUUUCAGAACUUUAACAAGUGAUGCAAAAGCGCUAUGUACAUUUUACCAUACAACACCCAACUAAUGUCCAUAUAAGCCAUAACUAUUUUUGUAUAUGGACCAACGAUUUGACAUUUGUGAACAUAUUAAUUAUACCUGAUACAUUACUAGUUAUUAAAAUCAUAUUGCAAUUGGAGUCAAACUUGUAGAAUUAAAGCUAGAAAUGUGUAAUGUACGCUAACAGGCUAACACCUAAGAGUUUAUAGAGACCCCUCCCCCUUUUACAAAAUGGCCGCCUCUCUGCAUGUGGACGUCCCCGGAAGGGUGGAAUUCUUGUUUUUGGAUGUCUGCAGCUAUAACCUUGAAGGAUGCAAUUUCAUCUGUCAUUUAUUCUUCCCCAUCUAGACUGUAUCAGGAUAAACUGUACUUCCAGUAAGUUAACACUCAAGUUUAAUUUUGCUCUUGUAUUAUGAUACUCUACUGUUUAAAGGAAUGUGUUAUUUUAAGUUUGUCUUUCUAUAGUGUUGGUUGGAGAAUAGCUAAUGGGUGUGUCUGUCUGUUCAACUGGUCAGACCAUCAGUAGAUCAUAGACAACACAAACACCCAAACUGGAAACAGACAGGGUGGUGAUUUGUUCAUCGCUUAGAUUUUUAUUUUUAUUUAAGGCCAUAUUUGAUUAAAUAAGAACAUUUCAUGUUAUAGGGUCCUGUGACCGAUUUUUAUUUAUUUAACGAAUGUAUUUUAGUUAUAAAAGUAGUUCCACUGUCAUAAAAGUUUGGUUUAACGUUUUUUAAACAAUAUGCUUUCUCUUUCUAGAAACUGGUAAUUAUAUAACCCUUUUUAUAAUCUCUAGUAAAUUUUUUCUGUUAUAUGGCAGAUGCAUUAUUUAGCAUUUUGGUUUUCGUCGCAAAGUUGAGAUGAAUAAAUCACCACUUAUUAUUACGUAACUAAAUGUUCAAGAAUUCUUACAUGCAAACAGAGCUUCAUCAUAGGUGGACAAUGGUGAAUACAUUUAACUAUUUAGUAGAAGUAACUUGAUUAUACAACAUGAUAAAGAGAUGCAGUACAUAGGGAUGUUAUACUAUUCAUACAUUGUAGGACCUAUCCAAGUGAAAUGCCACAGUUGAAGAGUUCAUGGUUACUGCAGGAUUUGUGUAGAUUCUUAAGUCUGAGCUUUGGUUUGACACUAGAAUACAUUCUAUUGGGGAGUGGGGGUACGCGUGUGCAUGUGUGAGUGACAGAUAUUAUUAAUAUUAUUGUACAUUCGGCUCCUAUAAUCAGAGCCUGACCGAUUUAUCGGUUGACCGAUAAAAUAUAUAAAGUUCUUGUUUUUUUUCAAAGUUGCCGGGAUGUCACGUGUCCUACUUAUAUCAGGACAGUUGUAACAACUUAAGCAUUACGAAACGUAUAUAUUAUCAAAUAAACCUUGCGUAGCAAAUAAGCCAUUAAUUUUUUUUUGAGUUGACCAAAUUUGUAACUCUCUCAUUGCCUUCCAUACAAAAACUCCUUGCUUGGUAGGCGAAAAAAUGACAACUGCUGGAGGGAGACAGAUUUUCAGCAGAGUUGGGCCUCUCUCUUCCUCUAGCUAGCCGGCUAACUAGCUGUGGAAAAGUACUUGAUAGCGCCGAGGCAACACUUGGUGCGUGAGGCAGCCCGUGCCAGCGGCUACUUUUGUGAUUUAUGUUUAUUCCUUUCGAGUGCCAACUACCAGAAUCCAGUGGCUAUAGGCCUACAAUCGAUGAAAACGACGUAGCUAAAUACUAAUACAUUGAAAAUGUCUCCUAUGUCGUUGUUUUCCAGAUGGCUGGCAUGAGAGGGCUCAGUUUGUUUUGAAAAUCAUUGCAGUUUAUCCUCCUUUUACUAGACUAGAGUAACACAUAGUUUUUCCAUAACAAAAUAUUGUCUUUCUGGUGCUCCUAAAUUCUUGAAUUAAUGUUAUUUCCUAAAAUGUAAGAAAUCAACUUUCUUAGUAUCAUUGUAGGACUGUUUUAAGCACAAUAGAUACAGAAAAUUUAUAUGUUUUUUUCUUAAUUCGAGCUAUAAUAAUUAAUAAAUAAAUAUCAACAGAUAUAUCAUUAUCAGUGAAUAUUUUCACUCUAAUAUCGGAAUCAGUAUCCAAAAAUCACAUAUCGGUCGGGCUCUACCUAUAAUGUCUGGGGCUAAUUAAUGCAGGAAAUAGCAUUUCAGGUCAAAGAGCAGAAUCCAGAUCUCAUAUAACAUCAGGCUGGUCACAGUCAAUCACAGUACAUAUCUAACCACUUAUUUUUUCCAUUGUAAUAUUGUGUAAUAACAGAAAUGAGGGCUAUUUUAUUAUUUAAUACCUUCUCUGAGCUAAUAGCCUUUGUUAUAAAAGAGCCACACAGUACAGUAUGUCUUAGUUAUGAGGAAUAUUAGGUGCAUUACCCAAAAUAAUGUGAAGACUAAAAUAGACUAAAAGAAUGACCUCAAAAUACUGGGCACAAUAACUGCUGCAUGCACAACUAAAAAUCAAGGUUUUAACACUGUUUUAACACUGUUUUUAACACUAUUUUAACACUGUUUUAACACUGUUUUAACACUGUUUUAACACUGGUUUUAACACUGUUUUAACACUGUUUUAACACUGUUUUAACACUGUUUUAACACUGUUUUUAACACUGUUUUAACACUGUUUUUAACACUGUUUUAACACUGCUAACUGCCAAGGAAACGAGAAACUGUCCAAAUCAAUAUCCCUCCAGGCUUGUGUCUGCCAGAAUCCGUUUGUGUUGACUUGAUCAAAUGAACAGCACACACACACACACACACACACACACACACACACACACACACACACACACACACACACACACACACACACACACACACACACACACACACACACACGACAGGGUGAGAAUACACACACACACACACCCAUGACAGGUUGAGAACACAUACACACAGACACACACACACAGUCCUCUUUAACCUAGUAUUCAUAUAGUAAUAACAGAAUUGGAAAUGUGGACAGGAUUUCCAGUCACUAUGAUGAGUAAAACCUGUGUAGUUGUUGCAUUGACUGCAAUGUUUUUCUGCUCAAUACACUGCCUUCGGAAAGUAUUCAGACCCCUUGACUUUUUCCACAUUUUGUUACAUUACAGCCGUAUUCUAAAAUGGAUUAAAUGUUUUUUUUCCCCCCUCAUCAAGCUACAAACAAUACCCCAUAAUGACAAAGCAAAAAAAGAUUUUUAAAUAUUUUUGCUAAUUUAUAUUUAAAAAAAAAAACUGAAAUAUCACAUUUACGUAAGUAUUCAGACCCUUUACUCAGUACUUUGUUGAAGCACCUUUGGCAGUGACUACAGCCUUGAGUCUUAUUGGGUAUGAUGCUACAAGCUUGGCAAAACCUGUAUUUGGGGAGUUUCUCCCAUUCUUCUCUGCAGAUACUCUCAAUCUCUGUCAUGUUGGAUGGGGAGGGUGGCUGCACAGCUAUUUUCAGGUCUCUCCAGAGAUGUUAGAUCGGGUUCAAGUCCGGGCUCUGGCUGGGCCACUCAAGGACAUUCAGAGACUUGUCCCAAAGCCACUCCUGUGUUGUCUUGGCUGUGUGCUUAGGGUCACUGUCCUGUUGGAAGGUGAGCCUUCGCCCCAGUCUGAGGUCCUGAGCGCACUGGAGCAAGGAUCUCUCUGUACUUUGCUCCGUUCAUUCAGCGGGCUGUCAUAUGCCUUUUACUGAGGAGUGGCUUCCAUCUGGCCACUCUACCAUAAAGGCCUGAUUGGUGGAGUGCUGCAGAGAUGGUUGUCCUUCUGGAAGGCUCUCCCAUCUCCACAGAGGAACUGUAGAGCUCUGUCAGAGUGACCAUCGGGUUCUUGGUCACCUCCCUGACCAAGGCCCUUCUCCCCCGAUUGCUCAGUUUGGCCGGGUGGCUAGCUCUAGGAAGAGUCUUGGUGGUUCCAAACUUCUUCCAUUUAAGAAUGAUGGAGGGCACUGUGUUCUUAGGGACCUUCAAUGCUGCAGAUAUUUUUUGGUACUCUUCCCCCCUCGACACAAUCCUGUCUCUGAGCUCUACGGACAAUUCCUUCGACCUCAUGGCUUGUUUUUUGCUGUGACAUGCACUGUCACCUGUGGGACCUUUUAUAGACAGUUGUGUGCCUUUCGAAAUCAUGUCCAAUCAUUUGAAUUUACCACAGGUGGACUGCAAUAUGUCACGUCUCCUCCCGUUGCUCUCCUCCAGCGCUCUGAUUUGCCAGUCUACUGACCCUCCGGUCUGAGUGCACCACCUCGGCAACACCGGAAUGGAAACCAAACGCACCCUAAUCACCUCCAGCGCACCUGCACCUCAUCAUCUCAUCACCACCACUAUAUAGCCCUGGACUGUUCUGUAUGAUGUUGUGUGUGAUUGUUUAGCUUCGUGUCGUGUACGCUAUCUUUGUUAUUUCUCUUUGUCAUUGUUUAAGUAAACCUUGACCUUGUUAAUUCCUGCGUCUGCGUCCUGCCUCUUCGUAUACUCAGUACUCAUCACACAAUGAAGUUGUAGAAAAAUCUCAAAGAUGAUCAAUGGAAACAGGAUUCACCUGAGCUCAAUAUCGAGUCUCAUAGCAAAGUCUCUGAAUACUUAUGUAAAUAAGGUAUUUUUUUAUGUAUUUUCUUUAUGUGCUAAAAUAUCUAAAAACCUAUUUUCGCUUUGUCAUAGGGUAUUGUGUGUAGAUUGCUGAGAUUCUUUAUUUAUUUAAUACAUUUUUGAAUAAGGCUGUAACGUAACAACAUUUGGAAAAAGUCAAGGGGUCUGAAUACCUUCCGAAGGCACUGUACAUAUUUAAAAUUGUACAUUUCUGCAAUGAAGGUGCUAGUCCAGUGUACAAUCAUGAUUGAAGAGAUAUUGUUUUAGAAAAAAGUAUUCAUUGUUGCUUUUUAACAAAAUAACUGAAUAACUUAUUUCCUAAAUAUAACCAAACCUUUGCUUUCCACACUAUGCGAGAUGAUCCCAAAUGAAAAUUAGUCAGUUUGACAUGUCAAGCUACUCUGCUAUCAUCAUCUGCAAUAUACGCCUUCAAUUACACCUACUUCUUGUAGUGGUUACAAAUAAGCUCAUUAUAUCGCCUCCUUCUGUUGAAAAAGGCCCAAUAUAACAGCCCCUUUUGGAAAGUAAAGGUUUUGUUGGUGAGGCAGGAUGACUUUAACUUUGUGACCAACCAUCGUUCUCAGGCAAGGGACCCGAGACCCUGUAUGCUGGGCAAAAACUCAAUGAUAAUGAGUGGCAUACGGUCCGCGUGGUCCGCCGGGGCAAAACCUACAAGCUCACGGUGGACGAUGACAUAGCAGAAGGUACUAAACUAGCUACAGCCUGAGAGAAACAGGGGUCCAUUUCAUUUCAAGUCCAGUCAAUUCAGAAAGUAAAGCAGAUUCCAAUUCCAAAUAUCCCUAAUUGAAAAGCAUUGAAGAGAAUUGGAAUUGGAAUUUCAAUGUACUUCCUGAAUUGAAAUGGAAUUGACCCCAACCCUGGAAAGAAACUCCCUCAUCUGCCACUGUUUGAAUGGGUGACGUGUAACGGUGUUCUGAUUUAGUUUUAGGAUUACGUGAAUUACAACAUUUGCUAAUUAAGGUUAACUAUCCUUUCAGUGUUUUUUUUUAAUGCUAUUUCAAGUAAUUAUUUGAGAAGGUUGACUAUAAACUGUUAACAUCCAUUGAUAUGUCUGAAUUGUUCUCGCUGAAGUUUAUUCAUUUGUAGUAUUAUGUUGUAGUUAACCAUAUUCUACUGGCUAAAAUUCACCACCUCUUUAAAUUCAGCCUUUUGUGUUAGUAUCAGACAGUGUAUUCUUUUUCUUUUCUAUCUUGUUUUCUUUCUUUCUUUCCCCUACUCCAGGCCAGAUGGCGGGCGACCACACCCGUCUGGAGUUCCACAACAUCGAGACGGGCAUCAUGACGGAGAGACGCUUCGUCUCAGCCAUCCCCUCUAGCUUCAUCGGACACCUGCAGAGUCUCAGGUUCCUCUUCGCUCAUAUUCUUUCUUAUGUUCUUUGUUAUAUACAUUGUUAUAUACUUUUUUUAAAUAUUAUUUAUGCUAUAUACUGUUAGGAUCUUUAUUUCACCCAGAAAGACACAACAGUAUACAAGCUCUUUACAGACAAUGCAAGGAGAUUUUAGUGUGACUACUAUGCCAUCAGAUUGAAUAUGUUGACAUUGUUGAAAUUAUGUCUAUUUUGGAGAAAGCCUAUCUAAAUCAGUUAAGAUGACUGUUAUGUUUUGCUUAACUUUAGCAGGUCUUGGUGAUAAGUUUGUCUCUAGCGAAUGACAGGUCCCUUCCUGUGAACAAGAAAGAGGUUUCUGCGUUUACAUCAGAUAAUAUAUUUAUUCCCCACUCUACUUACGGCAGGUUCAACGGCAUGCUGUAUAUUGAUCUCUGUAAGAACGGAGACAUCGACAUCUGUGAGCUCAACGCCCGCUUUGGCAUGCGCUCCAUCAUCGCCGACCCUGUGACCUUCAAGUCCAAGAGCAGCUACCUGAGCCUGGCCACCCUGCAGGCCUACACCUCCAUGCACCUGUUCUUCCAGUUCAAGACCACUUCACCUGACGGUUUCAUACUGUUCAACAGUGGAGACGGCAACGACUUCAUCGCUGUGGAGCUGGUUAAAGGGUGAGUGGGAUUCUACCUGGUGUUGGACUUUCCUUGUUUGUUUGCUUUGUGUUUUUUUUUUGUUCCAGCACCUCGAUGAAAGACGAUAGGUACACAGGGUUGGUAUUACAGAAGCAUAUUGUCACCACAGUAAGUGACAUAUACUUCAACGAAUACAGAUCUCGGAUCGUAAUUUGACCCAUUUUGUCACAGGGGGAAAAUAAUCCUGCAGCAGGAGGAUUUGAAUAUCUGAAGAGAUAUCUAGAAUUGCCGCCAGGGUCAGCUGGAAGCGGUGUUUGAAUACGAUGCAGUACCAUACCUACAUUGUACCUUAGUCUGCAGGUCCACUGGGCGCCAGUUCAAGUAGCUUACAGUGGGGGAAAAAAGUAUUUAGUCAGCCACCAAUUGUGCAAGUUCUCCCACUUAAAAAGAUGAGAGAGGCCUGUAAUUUUCAUCAUAGGUACACGUCAACUAUGACAGACAAAUUGAGGAAAAAAAAUCCAGAAAAUCACAUUGUAGGAUUUUAAUGAAUUUAUUUGCAAAUUAUGGUGGAAAAUAAGUAUUUGGUCACCUACAAACAAGCAAGAUUUCUGGCUCUCACAGACCUGUAACUUCUUCUUUAAGAGGCUCCUCUGUCCUCCACUCGUUACCUGUAUUAAUGGCACCUGUUUGAACUUGUUAUCAGUAUAAAAGACACCUGUCCACAACCUCAAACAGUCACACUCCAAACUCCACUAUGGCCAAGACCAAAGAGCUGUCAAAGGACGCCAGAAACAAAAUUGUAGACCUGCACCAGGCUGGGAAGACUGAAUCUGCAAUAGAUAAGCAGCUUGGUUUGAAGAAAUCAACUGUGGGAGCAAUUAUUAGGAAAUGGAAGACAUACAAGACCACUGAUAAUCUCCCUCGAUCUGGGGCUCCAUGCAAGAUCUCACCCCGUGGGAUCAAAAUGAUCACAAGAACGGUGAGCAAAAAUCCCAGAACCACACGGGGGGACCUAGUGAAUGACCUGCAGAGAGCUGGGACCAAAGUAACAAAGCCUACCAUCAGUAACACACUACGCCGCCAGGGACUCAAAUCCUGCAGUGCCAGACGUGUCCCCCUGCUUAAGCCAGUACAUGUCCAGGCCCGUCUGAAGUUUGCUAGAGUGCAUUUGGAUGAUCCAGAAGAGGAUUGGGAGAAUGUCAUAUGGUCAGAUGAAACCAAAAUAUAACUUUUUGGUAAAAACUCAACUCGUCGUGUUUGGAGGACAAAGAAUGCUGAGUUGCAUCCAAAGAACACCAUACCUACUGUGAAGCAUGGGGGUGGAAACAUCAUGCUUUGGGGCUGUUUUUCUGCAAAGGGACCAGGACGACUGAUCCGUGUAAAGGAAAGAAUGAAUGGGGCCAUGUAUCGUGAGAUUUUGAGUGAAAACCUCCUUCCAUCAGCAAGGGCAUUGAAGAUGAAACGUGGCUGGGUCUUUCAGCAUGACAAUGAUCCCAAACACACCGCCCGGGCAACGAAGGAGUGGCUUCUUAAGAAGCAUUUCAAGGUCCUGGAGUGGCCUAGCCAGUCUCCAGAUCUCAACCCCAUAAAAAAUCUUUGGAGGGAGUUGAAAGUCCGUGUUGCCCAGUGACAGCCCCAAAACAUCACUGCUCUAGAAAAGAUCUGCAUGGAGGAAUGGGCCAAAAUACCAGCAACUUUGUGUGAAAACCUUGUGAAGACUUACAGAAAACGUUUGACUUGUGUCAAUGCCAACAAAGGGUAUAUAACAAAGUAUUGAGAAACUUUUGUAAUUGACCAAAUACUUAUUUUCCACCAUAAUCUGCAAAUAAAUUCAUUAAAAAUCCUACAAUGUGAUUUACUGGAUUUUUUUUUUCUCAUUUUGUCGGUCAUAGUUGACGUGUACCUAUGAUGAAAAUUACAGGCCUCUCUCAUCUUUUUAAGUGGGAGAAUUUGCACAAUUGGUGGCUGACUAAAUACUUUUUUCCCCCACUGUAUGUAGGUUACGUCCAGGCUACAUGCAGGCUACAGCGUCUCGUGUGAAUUCUUAUGUUGAUUGUAAUAAAUUGACAUAUUUGUAUAUUGAUAUACAUAUUGAUAUACUGUAUAUACAUAUAGAUAUUGAUAUAUUUGGGGGUUUUUCGUUAGGGAGAAUCUUUUUCUUUUCUUUUUAAUCAAUUGUUUUAUUAUAUGUUCAAGCCAAGCAAUAGGUAUAAAUAUAAAUGAUUGGUGGCCUCAGUAUUGGUCCAGCAGUUACAGCUGAUGACCCCGGGUUCGAAUCUGUCCCCCUCACCUCCCCGUUCUUUCCAACUCUGUUCUAUCUCUUCAAUAAAAGCACAAAAAAAAUACGAAAGGCGUGGGACUGUCCCACUCCUUAAAAAAUACCUUUAAGAAAGAAUAAAUCAUUAGACAAAUAACAAUUAGAUUGUGAGCGCACGUCCAACAUAAAUAUGAUUAAAAUAAUAGAAGGUAGGCUAAAUUGAUUCAUCGAACAUGCCCAGACCUAGCAAGCAACAAUAUAUGCUAUGCUAACUGAUAUAUGCUAACUGAUAUAUGCUAACUGACAUAUGCUAACUAUUUCCACCAUUGAAAGAGAAAACAAACCAAAAAAUAGAAAAACAAACUCUAUAUCAGGGGUACUCAAGUACUAUUUGAGAAGGUCCGGUCACACAAAUGUCCUAGGUGGGAAAGGUCUGGAUGGAUAAUGUAAUUAAUCGGCAUAGUAACAAACCCCCACCUCGCAAUCCAUGUGACCCCAAACUGUUCACACCCCUCUUGUUGGCGGAGAGAAAAUGUUGCAGUUUUAAUUCUAAUUUCCCACAAUUCUACACAUUUCGCAUGGGGCAGAGAUUUUUGUUUGGCAGUUUUAAAGCGAAUUUUCUACAAUUCUAUGCGUUCUUCCAUGUCUUAUGUGUGUUUAUAUGAUACCAGGGGUCGGGGGGAACUGCGGUCCGUAUUGACCCCGUUCUGGAUCCAGUCCGUGGUCUGCCAGUUGAGUAUGGAGGCUCUAUAUGCUGAGAUUCAGGUCGGAGAUUUUUGAUGUGGAAAUUAAAACCUUCAGAUGAAUUUUAAGCCUUGAAUACACUGCAAGUCUGCCCUUUCACUUUUGAUUCAGGCACUGAAUGAGUGGAGGAGUUCCACCAUCGGAUCGUACAUUUUUCAAUUAAUUUAAUUUAGACUGUAGUCUACAUUUAUGCCCACAAGUUAAUUGCAUUUAUUUAAAGUCUGAUAAUUUACACAUCAAAGAAAAGUUUCUGAGCUCAACGAAAUCGCCUUUUAGAAGGGCUGAAAUACAUAAACAUCUUGACAGCUUUUAUGAAAUUAAAUAUUGAAGCACACAAUGCAGGCUUUCAAUCCACAACAAGGAUGACUUCAAACUUAAAGUACAGUAGGUCUAUGCUACUAUAGCCGGCGCAUAACAGCUUAGCAAUGGCAAUCUCACUUACUGUAAGGGCCAUCCACAUCAAAGACCAUAACUAUAUUGACAAAUUAUACAUAGCCUAACUAUAAAACGUGGAUGAGCAUCCACACUGGAGGAAAGUGUAUUGUUCUACAGGAGGCCUACAUACAGUGCGUCCAGAAAGUAUUCAGACCCCUUGACUUUUUCCACAUUUUGAUACUUUACAGGCUUAUUUUAAAAUUGAUUAAAUAAAACAUUUUACUCAUCAAUCUACACACAAUACCCCAUAAUGACAAAGUGAAAACAGGUUUUAAGAUUAUUAUAUUUUUUAAACAGAAAUGUCUUAUUGACAUUGCUAUGAGACUCGAAAUUGAGCUCAGGUUCCAUCCUGUUUCCAUUGAUAAUCCUUGAGAUGUUUCUACAACUUGAUUGGAGUCCACCUGUGGUAAAUUCAAUUGAUUGGACAUGAUUUGGAAAGGCACACACCUGUCUACAGUUUAUAAGGUCACACAGUUGACAGUGCAUGUCAGAGCAAAAUUCAAAUCAUGAGGUCAAAGGAAUUGUCCGUAGAGCUCCAAGACAGGAUUGAGUCGAGGCACAUAUCUGGGGUAGGGUACCAAAAAACAUCUGCAGCAUUGAAGGUCCACAAGAACACAGUGGCCUCCAUCAUUCUUAAAUGGAAGAAGUUUGGAACCACCGAGACUCUGGUCUGAUGAAACCAAGAUUGAACUCUUUGGCCUGAAUGCCAAGUGUCAUGUCUGGAGGAAACCUGGCACCAUCCCUUCGGUCAAGCAUGGUGGUGGCAGCAUCAUGCUGUGGGGAUGAUUUUCAGCGGCAGGUACUGUGAGACUAGUCAGGAUCGAGGGAAAGAUGAACGGAGCAAAGUACAGAGAGAUCCUUGAUGAAAACCUGCUCCAGAGCACUCAGGACCUCAGACUGGGGCAAAGGUUCACCUUCCAACAGGACAACAACCCUAAGCACACAGCCAAGACAACGCAAGAGUGACUUCGGGACAAGUCUCUGAGUGGCCCAGCCAACUUGAACCCGAUUGAACAUCUCUGGAGAGAACUGAAAAUAGCUGUGCAGCGACGCUCCCCAUCCAACCUGACAAAGCUUGAGAGGAUCUGCAGAGAAGAAUGGGAGAAACUCCCCAAAUACAGGUGUGCCAAGCUUGUAGCGUCAUACCCAAGAAGACUGAAGGCUGUAAUCGCUGCCAAAGGUGCUUCAACAAAGUACUGAGUAAAUGGUCUGAAUACUUAUGUAAAUGACUUUUCAGUUUUUUGUUUGUAAUAAAUUUGCAAAAUUUUCUCAAAACCUGUUUUUGCUUUGUCAUUAUGGGGUAUUGUGUGUAGAUUGAUGAGGAAAAAAUUGAAUUUAAUCAUUUUUAGAAUAAAGCUGUAACGUAACAAAAUGUGGAAAAAGUCAAGGGGUCUGAAUACUUUCCGAAUGCACUGUAUGUCAAUCAACUGAUGGGCCAAAUCAGCUCAUCAACUCAGCCAGGGAAACAAACAGUAACCUUUUUUAUCGGUUUUCACAGCUUUCAUUGAUAGGGUAACGGGUAAAUAAUCAAAUAACAAGGGGCCUAUUGCAACCAUCGAUGUCAAUAAGAUUCGCGCCAGCUGAUGUGUUGUUAAAUCAUCAAUAUGUACUAAAUUCACCUGCACAGCUGAUCUCACUUGCAACCAUUAUUGGUCACCCCAUUACAGAUCCCUAAAAGAUGCUUGCAGCCAAAUUAUUUCAAGGUAUGUUCGGCCUCUUGUUUUAAAACAGACUACGGGCGAUCUUUCUAUUUGACAAGAAUUCCGUACAUCAUGGCAAAUCUACUGUGGCAAUUUACCCGACACAUUGUAUGAAUGGUAACUAAUGUUGGUGUAGCCUACUGUUAUAAUUUUAUUUGUUUCCUAUUUCUUUUAUCCAUUAAAAAUAAAGUGUCUGGUAUGGUAAAAUUCUUAUCAAGAUAAAAAAUUGCCUGCACUGUCCAUAUUUGAAAUGUUUAACUAAAUCAAGUCAAUCAGGGGGAUUUAGUUAUUUGUGCCAGAAGGGCAUGGGCUGGAGUGAACCCCUUGACGAAACAGUAGGCUUCUAUGUGCAUACAGAAGGCAGCUGCCCUAACCGCUAAACCACGUCCAAGCCAUGAUUGAAGUCAAGAUUCAUAACCUUAGUUUUGCUAGAAACCUUAAAGGCCUAAUGCAGCCGUUUUUAUCUCAAUAUUAAAUCAUUUCUUGGUAACAAAUACCUUCCUGUGGUUGUUUUCAAUCAUAAUGGUCAAAAAUAAACAAAAAUAGCUUCUUAGCAAGAGCAAUUUCUCAAGCAAGAUUUUUGCUAGGACUGUCUGGGAGUGGUCUGAUUGGGUAGGGGAAAAUUGAAAAUGAUCUGCUAUUGGCAGAGAGGUUUGGAACUCUCUUUCUUAUUGGUCUAUUACAGUUGUCACUGACUAGUUGGAUAUUCAUUUCCCACUGAGCAAACAAUUUCUGUACUUACAGCAUUCAUAUAAAUACAUUUGUAUCAUGUUUUUGCUUCGGCAGAGCUUAUUUUUUUUAUUGCCAUUUGUCAAUAAAACUCAUAAAUGCAACUGUUUAUGUAAAAUUGGUUUGUGUUAUACUUGUAGCCCUGGUUGUCUUGAAAAGAAAAUGGUUAAUCACUUCGUUGUGAGGCUAAAUAUAAGGGCUGGACAUGCUGAUAAAUCAAAGUCAGAUAAAUGAAAAGCCAAUUUUUGCUGGGGUCUCGGGACUGAUGGGGUUAAGAUGUCCUAUUUUACGAUAAUAUAUAGGCUACUGUAGAUCAACAAAUAAUAAUGGGCUGUGUUUUUUGCGUGUUUUUGGCCUUUCAAAUCUGAGUCGCUCUCUUUAAUUCGCCAUUGCGCUCCAUUCCGUGGGCUACCUUACUAUUCUCAAUUUCAUCUUGUCUUUACAUCUGAUAUUAUAGUCUACAGUAGGCUAAAGCUUAGGUGUAGCCUACAGCUGCAUUUCGGAUACACUUGACACUUGUAUGUCGUAGUGAAGACCAAUAUCUAUCUUGUCUUAUUAAGCUAGAUAUUGUUGAUGUGUAUGGGUGUAUUUCAGACACAUAUUUGUACAUUUUAAUGUUGCAGUAAUUAUUAUUAUUAUAAUUUUAAAUUAAUUUUAGCGUUUCAGCGAGCGAGAGAGGGAGGAUGAUUUUCAUUGCAGUCACUGGUCCGAAUGACUCCACUGCCACCGCAUGGAGAGAAAGAGAACUGCGGGUUUUCAGUGAACGUGUCUAAAUUCCGACGCUCAUUUUAAUUUCCUGAUAGUAGGAAAACAUUUAGCUACAAAAGAGUGAUCAAAUUAAGAUCCGACAUCAAAUUACACAAAUUACUUUUAACCACAAUGGUUAAAUGUCACCAUUUUGACAUAUUCUAAUAGUUGACCAACCACUCCACUCACAGAGGCCUAGACGUCAUGUCCUCUGCUGCACAUUUUAACUUAAAAAAAACAAACAUUUUAGUCAUUUAGCAGACGCUCUUAUCCAGAGCGACUUAAAUUUGUGAGUGCAUACAUUUUUCAUACUGGCCCCCUGUGGGAAUCGAACCCACAACCCUGGCGUUGCAAGCGCCAUGCGCUACCAACUGAGCUACAGGAGGCCUUUGCACCACGCCUAUCGGUCCAACAGCUGUUCUAUUCAGUGACCAGAGUAACCUUUGACCCCCCGCAGGUACAUCCACUACGUGUUUGAUCUUGGCAAUGGGCCCAACGUCAUCAAGGGCAACAGUGACCGGGCUCUCCAUGACAACCAGUGGCACAAUGUGGUCAUCACUCGUGACAAUAGCAAUAUCCACACUCUGAAGGUGGACGCCAAGGCAACCAGUCAGGUGGUCAACGGAGCCAAGAACCUCGACCUGAAAGGUAGAGUAUAUAACAGAGGUGGUUCAGUGACCUGACAGGUAGAGUAUAUAACAGAGGUGGUUCAGUGACCUGACAGGUAGAGUAUGAUUGUGGGAUGACUAACCUUGCCUGAGACCAGAAUAUCCAUGUUCUAGAGCUAUGGCUUUAGUGGACUAUUGUGGUUUUGAGUCGCACACGUCCACCUGGGUUGGUUAUGUUGAAUUCUUAGAAAUAAAUCAAACCUAAAAUACUCUUUAAUCAAAUAAUUGAUUUGCAGAUACAGGACUGUAAAACAAAAGAUUUACCAGGACAGUCAAAUAAAAGACUGAUUGAUAAAGCUAGACUGUCAGUAACAUGUCCAUUUCCGUGUCCUCUCCUCCUCCCUCCAGGUGACCUGUUUAUCGCUGGGCUGGGCCCUGGUAUGUACGGUAGCCUGCCCAAGCUGGUGGCAUCCAGGGACGGCUUCCAGGGCUGCCUGGCCUCAGUGGACCUCAACGGCCGCCUCCCUGACCUCCUACAGGACGCGCUUUUCCGCAGCGGGCAGAUAGAGCGUGGAUGCGAAGGUACACCCUCCCUCAAAACCAUAUCCGACUCGGACUUCAACUCAAACUACAACCCCAGAAACAACAAAAACUACAACGACAGCUCAGGGAGCCCAUUCGUCCUUAUCUCCAACAGUAGAGCCACCUCCAUCGUUCCUUAUCCUCCCCCGUCCAUCCUACUAACCCUGCUGGUCAUCUCACUCACCACCCAGAUAGCCCUCUGUUAAUGAGAGCAAGGCUGGACAUUUAAAACCACCCCCAACUGCCAUCAUUACAGUACAGUAGAUAGAUGUAGUUAGAGAAGAAUUGGACAUUUAAAAUCACCCCCAACUGCCAUCAUUACAGUACAGUAGGUAGAUGUAGUUAGAGAAGAAUUGGACAUUUAAAACCACCCCCAACUGCCAUCAUAACAGUAGGUAGAUGUUGACCCUAACCAAUGCUCCAGGGUCAGAUAGUAUUUACUCAUCCUAAUGUAUAAAGUAAGGGUUUAAAGUUGGGACAUCUGAUCCUAGAUCUGUGGUGAGGGGCAACUUCAACCUCGAGCCCCAAACCCAGUGUUUUAGCUAGAUGGAGUACAGCUAUGGGCAGAAGUGACUUUAUGUAGCAGGUUAGGAGAAUUAACACAGCAGGUUAGGAGAAUUAACGCAGCAUGUUAGGAGAAAUUAACACAGCAGGCUAGGAGAAUUAACGCAGCAGGUUAGGAGAAUUAACGUAGCCGGUUAGGAUAAUUAGUUUAAGGUUAGGAAAGGAGUUAGGGUUAGGGUUAGCUAAAAUGCUACAAGUUGUCCCCGAUGAGACACAAACAUGAAACUUUUGGUCCGUAGCUGUUCUCCAACUAGCCACAACCCAGACCCAGCUCUUAUCAGCCACAUUGGUCGCACGUUUAUGAUGUCAUUUCAGCACAACUCAAAGCAGCGGUACAGUAACAAUAAUAUUGGUGUUUUAGGUGCUCAUCAUCAUUGACAGUUACAGUCAUGUUUCAGAAAGACAUAAUAUACAUCUUUAAAACAUAUUUGCAGCUAGUAUAGGAGUGUUUCUGUAGGUACAUCACAGGGAGCUACCGGUAUACUAAACAUUUGAUUGUAUGGGCAUAUACCAUAAUUUGUAUGUGAUUAAUUAGUAUUUUGCUCUGUAUAAUAAGUACUUAUCAUAAAUACGAUUAGCUGUUUGUUGAUCUAACAUACUAUAUGCCCCACAUAUUAGAAAUAGAAUCUCAGCUGUUCUUGCCCGAGCAACAAUACAAUAUAGAAAAUGGAGCAUGAAUAAGAAUUGUAACAUCUCUAUGGAGCCAUGUGAAAACCCCAGUCAGAAAUGAUACAGGAGCUUGUAUGAAGUGUGUGCACAAAACUAAAAUGCCUAAGGUUUCCAUUUCUUUAGAGUUUAUCUCAAAGUUUCCAUGCAUAACAGUUAAGCGCGUAGACGGCCUAUUGAAAUAUUUUUAAACUAGCAUCAAAUUUCAUUCAAAUGAACAGUUAUUGCUGCAAUACUCUUGGCACCUGACCUUGAUCAUUAAACAUAUUUAGUUCUUUGUUACGAUAGUUUUUGCUCAGUUUUCAUUAAUUAUUAUUGCUUGCAUGUGAAUCAAUUUGCUUUGUGUACACGUAUUUCCUGGAGCGUGUUGUUUCUCUCUUCUGUUUUCAAUUUCAACAUCUCUGUUUUCAAUUUCAACAUCUCUGUUUUCAAUUUUAACAUCUCUGUUUUCAAUUUCAACAUCUCUGUUUUCAAUUUCAACAUAUCUGUUUUCAAUUUCAACAUCUCUGUUUUCAAUUUUAACAUCUCUGUUUUCAAUUUCAACAUCUCUGUUUUCAAUUUCAACAUCUCUGUUUUCAAUUUUUACAUCUCUGUUUUCAAUUUCAACAUCUCUGUUUUCAAUUUCAGCAUCUCCGUUGUGUAUUUAUUGUUGUCUUAUUUUGAAAUGACCAUAUCAGAGAGCCACACAAUGGUGCAGUAUAAACCCAAUAUACCUUUAAAUUAUGACUAUUGAACAGUAUAUAUCUAUAACUCAAUAUUAAUAUCCCCAUAAGUCUUCCUCUCAUUACAGCUUACAGUUUAUACAAUGUACACCAUGAUGUUUGUGUGACAUAUCAGUUUAUUUAUUUAUUUAUUUUUCACAAUAAAAGCUCAUAAAUCACAUUUAUUUGGUCUUCUGUUGUAUCACAUUCAUAUCAUUUCUUAUUUUAUUGUAAUUUUGUUUGUGAGUGGUUAUGAGAAUGUGUGUGCACAUUUAUUUUUUGCAAAAUAAUUGUCAUAGUAUGAACUUAUCUGUCAAGAAUAAUGGCAGCCUAGUUAGUUGGGGUUUUGAGCACACAGUUGGACAACAGAUGGAGUAGCGUGAUCAAAAAUAAUGACUUCGCGAACAGUGUUGUAGGCCCACAGCGAUGACGAUAUUUACGUAUUUACAAAGAUGGGAUAAAAAGAACUACUAGCAACCUAACGGCUACGAGGUCAAAACACCAAACACUGUAUAAACUGCAGCAAGACUCACACAGCUAAGAGCUUAAGCAACAACAUAUUGUCUAUACACAACCUACAACAACACCCCCCCCCCCCCAACUAUCAGAAUGGAUUAUGCCAAACAAUGUGCGGGAACCACACAGGUAAUGUAGUGAAUGAGAACACCCAACAUGAAGACUUUGUGGUUGUGGUAACCAGUGAUGACCCCCCCCCCCCCCCCCCCAUUGACCUGUAACUUUGCUAUCUGUUGUAAAAUUACUGUAAAAGUCCACUGUUUGAUUUGUGAUUGGUUGUGAACAGGGUAGGCUAGUGUGACCGUGCUAUUCGUUGAUCUCGCGCUGAUGCAUGUAAUUAAAGUUGUUUAUUUAUUCAUGUUCAGGUGAGAGCUCGCAUUUGUAUGUUAGCGGUAGUGCUUCUUUACAUUCAUGCUUUAACAAGUCAUUAAGUUGCUUAUUUCGCAAAAAAAGAAAAACAACACAGAUUAGUUUUUAACAUUGCUCCCUCAACUCACCAGCUUGAGGCUCUUCAUGUUGGUUGUCACUAGUUACCACAGCCACAAAGUCAUAAUUGUGGUUAAACCUAUUUCUAUGAUUUCUCUUCUUAAAAUCUGAUUUUGAAACUAACCCUAACCCUAACCUAACGUAGCAGGCGUAAAAGAAACGGCUCAAACUAGAUCCCCUACAUAAAAAAACUAACAAAAAAAAAACUGUCUUCUGCACUGUUCAACCAAUCCAGUAAAUGUGGAGGAGGAGUUAAGAUGAAGUGUUGCCUUGUUAACGUCUAAAAGUGGAAUUUGCAUCACAGGCUCUCUUUCCAUUUCCGGUUGUUUGGGACUCGGCAGAGGCUACCUUAACCCAACCUUAACCACACUGCUAACCAUAUGCCUACGCCUAACCUUAAAUUAAUACCAAAAAGCUCAUUUUUCUUUUCAUGAGUGAUAUAGCCAAUCUUGACUUUGUGGCUGUGGUAACUAGUGACAACCGUCAGUGUCUACCUGGCAUAGGUUAGUGUAAUCGAGGCAAACCCUCACUAGAUGGCGCCGAUGCCUCAGUACAUAGGUGGAUGCAAACGUUGGGGGACUGAGCUGCAAACUGAGAAUGGCAGGCCCGGGAAUCACUAGGUCAAUUCACUAAUGAAACAAUGUUAUGGGUUUUCAAUGCAUAUCGUUGUUUCUGUGUCUGACAUCAUCCUUGAAUCAUCUUGUGUCGUUUGUCCUCUUCCCUUCAUGAUAAAACAUAUUCAUACUAACCUUUGUGUUGUCAUCACUCUUGAGCAGCAAUUGUCCCAUUAUGCUUUAAGUAGACUAUACAUCUACAGAAUGUCUAAAUAAAUACAUAACUAAGAUUGAUUGAAUACAUUAUCCAUGUAAAAUGAAAAUGUUAAUAUUCCUAUGCAGGUUUCCAUGCAGAUGUCUGUAUGUUAUUUGUUGUUGUAAUUUUCACUUGAAUAUUAAUGUUUUAACAAAGUGCUUCUGAAUAAUGUGUAAUGACUGAACAGGUUGAACAUGUAGCUAAAUCAAUGGUCCAGUGCCCUUCCUUCCUAAUGCAUUUGUUGAAGUGACAAAUAUACAGUGUGUCUCAAUACGUUCAGAAUCUCCAAUCCAUACCCAUCUUCAUCGACAUGUUUUCGUUGUACUGUCCCCAUCUAUUUCACCUGUCUCCUUAUUGUUUGGUUGUCAUGGUAGCAUAGCCCUGACCCCUGACCCCUUCCUUAGAGAAUUUGAAGGGCAUGUCCCUGUUAGUAAAGUGCUGGCUUUAUUAACCGACAGUCUUUGGCCACCUACUAACCUUAUUUUAUUGUUUUCCACUUUCUGUUCUUUUCUCUAACAAAGUUGGUUUCAUCAAAGCUGACCUACAAGGUAGAAGGUUCAAGUUCCAUUCUGAGCUUGGCUGAAAGAUGCUGUGUGUAAUGUUAUGUGUCACCACUCACUAAAGACAAAUACCUUGGCUUAAAGGUACUCUCAGCAAGAUGACAUCAUCGUAUACAGUGGGGUGACUUCCUGUUUACAGAAAACAACAACAACAGAAUUUUGGCCUCAAGGUAGAAACACAGCAGAUCCAAUAGGAAUCUUGGCUGAUUUAAACUCUGAUAUUGUUGGCGGUAAAGCAGGAAGUCUUCAAGCUGUGUUUGAUGAUGUCACCUUUAAGCACAAUCGACAGCAAACAUGGCCAGGUAUUGAAAGAUUAUUUGUGGCUGGCUACGUGCUUGUUAUAAAAUGGUUCACUUCUGGAGAAUGGUAGGUAGGGGCUGCUAGUCCUACGGCGUACCCUGGAUUUGCGUCGCCGGGAGGCAUGCAGGCGGGCAGCCAGAGAGGCAGGCAGGAGACAGGCAGGCAGGAGACAGGCAGGCGGGCAGGGAGGCAGGCAGGAGACAGGCCAGCGGGCAUGGAGGCAGGCAGGAGACAGGCUGGCAGGAGCCAGGCAGGGAGGGAGACAGGCCGGCGGUCAGGGAGGCAGGCAGGAGACAGGCCGGCGGGCAGGGAGGCAGGCAGGAGACAGGCCGGCAGGAGACAGGCAGGGAGGGAGACAGGCCGGCGGUCAGGGAGGCAGGCAGGAGACAGGGAGGGAGGGAGGUGUGCAGAGAAGGAGACAGUCUAAUGAUUGCGAUGGAAAGCUUUUGCAUAAAUAAAACAUUAGCCGCCUGUAUAAUUAUGUCAGCAGAUAUUGUUUUUCUGUAUCGGGCCAUGUACAGUCUGUCUGGGCAGCGCUGUUAAUCAAUCCGCUAAGUCUUGCAUGGUGGGUCGACACACACACGCACGCACGCACACACAAAAACAUACACACGCGCACACACAUGCGCACACACAUGCGCACACACGAUCCCCUCUCCCCCUCAAAUGCUUUUAGGACUGGAGUGUGGAUGCCCCCUGAUAGGCCAGUGCGAUUAGCACACUAAUUAAAAUGACGGUCGCCUAAAUUAAAUUUGAGUUUCCGACAGUCCGACAGCCGGUUUCAUUAGAAUGCGAGAGCAGCUUUUAAAUGCAAUCAGUGCAGGCCGGAGACUGAUGGAUGGUGUUUUAGAGAAGUUUAUACACGACUCUCAUGUCCAUACCCAAAGUCCACUUCGAGGGGAUUUAGGACAUAUUUACUUUAGGAAAAAAAUUCCCACCCCAGACGGAAAGAGAUAUCUACUGCUACAGCUGAGCAAUAUCAACAAAUGUUUCCUCUGAGAAUGUGUUCAGGUUGAAUUAAUACAUCGGCAAUUUCAACAGAGAACACGCGCAUACACGGUAGAUGAAUGUCAGUCUAGCUAUAUGAGCAUAUUCAGCACAACUCUAUCUCUGUCAACUCAAUAAAGCAUGUCUCAUGUACCAACAGGACAUAUAAAAGUGUGUCUUUAGGAUUCAGGAACAUUGACCUCUUCUUCACUUGCAGCUUGUAUUAUUAUUAGUACUUUAUGGAUGUAUUUCAGGUUACUGGUCUAGCUAAUUUGGUGCCUGUAAAAAAAAAAAAAAAAACAUGUAGUGAAUCAUUUUAUCUUGCAUAAAUCUAAGUUCCACUGCACCUUUUCAUUACACAAUAAAUGCACUUUUAGCCCACUAUGAUUUUGUUCAAUUUCUAGUACUUUUUUCGUUUAUAAUGGUCGUGCGCAAGAAAAUUGCACUUAAAUCCAGUUUAUUUGCAGUGGGAAUAUUGUCCCGAUUUUUCCCUGAAUUGGUUUUGUGCUGCUGCACAGCAGAGACUGCAUUUCCUCUUAACCACAAUGUGCAAAAACAUGGGAUGAGUCUAGAAGGUGGUGAGUCUAAAGUCCUCGUGUGGGCUGCAUUCCACACAGAUGCAUCGUCCGAUAUUCCCUCGCUCACUCACUUUUCACAGAACUGGAAAGGGUCUGACCCGUUGUAUCGGUUUCGUGAAGGAGAGUGGGCGAGGGCAGAGGGGUAAGGGGACGCCUUUCUGGGAUGAGACACAGCCCUGGACUUAACUGGACACAACCACACCAACAUUUAUAUAACAAAAGCACAUAUCCUACAUAUAGCUAUACAUCCCAUCUAUGUGUACCACUUUGCUAUUAAAUAUUUUGUUUCUUUGUCUUCUUUCUGUUGUUCCCGUGGUAACUCUUCUCCAGUGUCUCUGUGUGUAGACUGGUCUAGGCUAGAGCAGGGGGAGGGGGGAGGGAGGAUGGGAGAGCUUACACCCGGGUCACACUUCAUAUUAACUUCUGGUGGCUCUAAAACUGUGUGUUCACAUGGGGCUGACAUGAACGGGCAUAAUGAAACUACAGUGUGUAUAUAUUGAAUAAGGUUACGACUUGAACAAUGUAAUAUCAUCGCAAAAUCUCAAUAACCUCACAUAAACUAUACUCAAAUAAUUGUUCUAGUCAUUGUAACUACUAUUGAACAACACAUACCACCACUGUAGACUGUGUGCAGUAAUUCGUUUUUUUUUUAUUUCACCUUUAUUUAACCAGGAUAAGCCAGUUGAGAACAAGUUCUCAUUUACAACUGCGACCUGGCCAAGAUGAAGCAAAGCAGUGCGAUUAAAAACUUACCAUGUAAUUACACAGUUAUAGAGGAACUCAAUGUGACAGAACGGGACCCUAGUCUAGUCAGUUUGUCUGAAUCCACCAGUUCUCUCUCAUCAACCAGCCAUGUUGAAAACACGUCCAGCACCCUGUUCAAUGUCUGUGCACUAAAAGUCUUACUAAAACCUACUUGGAGGGAAUGCUGUGUGUUUUUUUUUCAUUAUUUUUUUUUCUUCUUCAGUUUGGUGCACCUCUACGGUACUAUAACACCUUUGGAAUUCACAUAAUGUACUUGUUACCUGUACUAACCUGACUAAUGCAUGGCCCACUGACGUGCACUGACACCUCUGCAUGGCACCUGUUGGGGAGCUGUUGGCGAGCUAGCGCUCUCACCUGUGCCCUGGUGUCACAUGGCUCUGCUCUGCCACCUGUAGGUCCUAGCACCACCUGCCAGGAGGACUCAUGUGCCAACAUGGGCAUCUGUAUCCAGCAGUGGGAGAACUACACCUGUGA